AGUUCUCGCUGAUGCUUCCGGCAUUUGUCUGAACGUGUGCUUUGGAUGGCGACAAGUCAGCUGAUUGGCGAUGCUGAGGGUGGACAGCGGUGAGUACAACAACCCUCAGCCUACACUGCGUUCAAUAAGUACAUCCUGUGCCGGGAUAGUCUGACUGAGUGCACUGUUACUUUAAAUCUAUCCUGUGUGCAGUCUGCAUUGCACGUAUUGCGGGCAGGAUGUUGCACAUUGUAAUUAUUGUUAUUGUCAAAUGGAAAGAGGAAAGUAAACUUGUUAGAGCUAAUACGAGAAGCAGGUCUGCCCCUCACUAAUAUGUAUAAAUUAAUAAAUAUCCCGGGACAGGAGAAGUUUUCUAGUUGGAGCCAUAUAUUGAAUAACAACGAAAUAUCGUACCGUUUGUUAUAUUGGUAUACUAAUACUUGGUGAUAGCAAGUACCUGCAUGUAUAAAACAUAAUGUGUGCUAUAGUCUGCCAAGCUGGGUGCUGUAGUAUCAUAACUGCCAAAUUUCCCUAUUCACCAACACCAAAUGAGACAGGCACCUUGCAUUUCAACUACCAUGGUGGUUAUGUUUAAAGUGUAAUUCAUCAGGGACCUUCCAUUGGUUUCCAUGAUGAUUGUUCUAAUUUUUUGAACUUUGCAGUAGAAUUAGUCAUUUUACAUAACCUCUCAUGUUCACAUGAUACCCAUAGGAACAAACACAACUAACGCAAAGUUCUAAAAGUGAAACAAUCAUCGGGGCAUUCCAUUGGUUUCCAUGGAGAUUAUUCUAUUUUUGGAAAUGUGUGCACUAGAAUUAGUCAUACACAACCCGUCAUGUUGACUUGAUGCAGAUAGGAUCCCACAGAAGUAAUGGUUUCAUUAGUUUCUAUGUUUCAAUGAGGUGUAUAUAUCUUCAUAUUACGUCUUUUAAUCUUUACAUAGGGUUUUGCCUGUAAAAUGUUUAGAUUAUUGUCAUGUCUACUUGAUGUUGACUGUGCAUAUUUAUUUGAAAAUGAUAAAGGCUUUUGUAAAGGAAGUAUAUAAAAUCAUUCAUCUGCUCAGACAAGUCUUUCACACCUACUUGCUAUUACUAGUCACUGGGCUUUGCCCAACCUUGCCUUAACACGUAAGUCUAUUAAACUGCAUACACUUUUUACAUUUGUUAUACCCUCCUCUUAUGCAUUGCUAUCCAACUCGCUUUGUAAAUUUAAACACGUCAUGGUAUUAAGUAAAUUGGCCUGGAGAUGUACUUAGCCGCAUCAUAGAAAGGGUUACUAGGUAUAAGAGCUAUUAACUUCCUUAUUGGCGUCAAAGAGGAUGCACAGAACUGAAGUGCAUUCAAUCUGGAAACCACUGCUGAAAACAGAAUAAGACUAUGCCCAAAGAUCAUAAAGCACAGUUUACUCUAAUUUCACUGAUCAUGUUCCAAUCCAAUUGAUGCAGGUAAUUAGUUAUUAUUCUUAGGAGAAAUUUCAUAGCUUAAUAAAUAGCUAAUAAUCGCUACAACGUAAGAUGUACAAAUACCCCGACAUGUAUCUAGUAGGCUAGUGAUUAUUUAGUAAUGGUGGACGUUGAGCAUCCAUUUUCUAUAUUUGUAAUAAUUGAGUUAAAAAAAUAAAGCAUGCCUAGUCCUUGAAUCUUGGGUCUAUUAUUCAUAAGGAAUUAGUUGCCAGUUACAUGCACUCCUGCUCUAUUGUAUGAAACGCUCACAUCCAACAUAUAAGAAGCUUGGCACCUUUGCCUUGUUAAUAACUUCAAUUCUGUGCAUCCUUUUUGACACUAAUAACGAAGUUACUAGCUUGCAGCUAGUAACCCUCUCAUAGAUACAGCCUAGUUUGUCCAGUACCAUGACAUGUUUAGCUUGUUAUGACAGAUGUGCUUAGAGAAGAAACACGUGUUUAACAACCUCACCAAUAAUGUUAAUCAGGACACUGUACAUGACUUUAAGUCCUGAACCUAUAGUCCUGAAAAUAACAUCUAUUUAGAGACUGUAGGUUUCAUUCUGUCCACCACUUUGCUGUGUAAAAUAAAGUUUACUUACUUCACUAGUGCCUCCAGCUCCUCCUUUCGGUUGGUCAUGUCAGCAUCCAAGUAGACAUCACCUGUCAUCUCUUCCAAUCCAUUGCUUCUCAUAGAGAAGCAAUGGAUUGGAACUGGGCAUGCGCAGCCAAACUCCACACCCCUUCAGUCAAAUGCUGCUAUCAGCAUUCCCUGAGUUUUAUUCAGUCUUGGGGAGGAAACACCUCUAUUGUCUGUCUAGAAGGCAGCCACUAGAGCUGGAUUUUACCCUGUUUCUAAAAUGAAAUGCUAUGUUUUACGUUGCAGUGUUAAAAUUGUUUUGGCAAAGUGGUCUGUAUAGGAGGUAUAGUAUUUAAGAGAAAAAGGCAUGUGUUCCUGUACCUCAGUCCAUUCUUGUUUAACCCCUUAGGGACGGAGAUAUUUGUCCAAGUUCCAUACCAAGAAAAAACCUAAAUUUCGCACUAUGUGUUUGUUCUAAUAAGGGUUUCUCUUUAAGUACCCCUGUUCAUAUUGUUUAUUGUUUUUGCUUUAAAGAAGAGAGAUUGCUUUAAAGGUACACUGUAGUCACCAGAACAACUACAGCUUAAUGUAGUUAUUCUGGUGUCUAUAGCCGGUACCUGCAGGCUUUUUGAUGUAAAUAUUGUCUUUUCCAAACAAGAGGUUACCUCCACUGGCCACUUCUCAGAUGGCUACUAGAGGUGCGUCUUGGGUCACUCCUGCACAGUGUGCAGCACUGACAUUCAGUUUCUCAAUCCUCUGCAUGGAGAUACUGAACUUUCCUCAUAGGAAUGCAUUGAUUCAAUGUAUUUCUAUGAGGCGAUGCUAAUUGGCCAGGGUGGUGUUUGGCUUUGCCCCCAAGCCCACCUCCUUGGCUGAGAUCAUCAGAAUUAAUAAUCUCAGCCAAUCCAAUGGUUUCCUAUGAGAAAACAAUGCGAUUGGCUCAGAUAAUCACUUCUGAUGAUGUCAGUCAAGGAGGCAGAUCAGGGGCAGAGCCAGCAGCAGCAGACUGUAAUAACGGUAAGAUUUUACUAUAUUUAGAGGGGCACGGGGCUAGAUAGUGAUUUUAACACCAGAGGGUCAGCAAUACAUGUUUGUGCUUCUGACCCUAUAGUGUUCCUGUAAAUAUAUGUAUACCUAACACAACCUUACGUGUGAAUACAAUGUUACAGAUUAGGGAAAUUUUUGCUUAUAAUACUUUUGUACACAUCAAAUGCAAUUUAAGGAAAAAAAUCAUGUAUCAGUCCUGAUUGUUUAAUGUCUAAUAUCUGUAGGAUCUAAAUACAUUGUUGAUAAUUAAAGGGAUACUCAAAUACGAAAUAAAUAAAAUCACCGCUUAGAACGCAAAUCAAAAUUUGCAUGUAUUUAAUUAUACAUUUUCUACUUGAGGUUAAAUCUAAAAACGGCUUGCAAAACCUGUAGAUCUUUUCUUCUGUCUUUGCUAGCCCAGUCAGGGUCUAUUCAGGGUCUCUUAACAAGCCUGCAGUCCAAAAACGACUCAGCUGAGUGCAACCAUGCUCAGGCUUGGUGAAUUUAAAGGGCUUUAAUGAGCAGUUACAUCCAAUGUUCAGUGUGGGGCCACUAAAAAUGGCUCCAGCUCACAGAAGGGAGCUUAGCUAUUCAUUGAUACCUGAGUUUUUGUGUGUGAGCAGGGAUUUAAUCCAGCUCACACAGCAAUCUUUCUAGGCAUUUAAAUGCCUAUUUAAAGAGCUGCUUGCAACCUUGACUUUCAAUGCUGCAUCAGUCAGUUUAUUGAUACCUGGCUUUUGUAGUGUGCACAGGGAUUUAACCCUGUUCACACUGUGAUCCUUUUACAGGCAUUUAGUUUCCUAUUUAAAGAGCUACUUGCAGGGCUUACUUUCAGCUCUCAGCUUAUCUAAAAGUCUGGGUAUGCAAACAGAGGGGAUCACCAUUGAUACCUGGAACUCCCUGGCGCGAGCACUGGUUAUGUAGUACACCGGUGCCAGUCCCUGGUAAUGGGGCAAACUGUCUCUAUGGGUUCCUGGUCUGGUAUGAAGCAGGUUUUACGACAUCUGGCUUAUGCAAAUGUAGUGUGUGUGUGUGUGUGUGUGUAUGUGUGUAUAUAUAUAUAUAUAUAUAUAUAUAUAUAUACACUUCCUUUAUUUUACUUUACAGUCUGUGCCUCCUGUGUGAUAUUAAAGUUCAAUUAACAGAGCAGGACACAUCUGAUUGAAAAUGAAACAUUUUUUUUUAUGCAGGCUGUGUGUGUCACAGCCAGGAGAUGUGCGGGUAGGACUGUGUAAACAGAAGCAAAAGUGAUCUAAUGCCUAAAGACAUCAGGGACAUGAUCUAUACUAAAACAGCUUCAUCAAGCCAAAGUGGUUUUGGUGCUUCGAGUGUCCAUUUAACACUGCCAUUGAGAAAAGUAGAAAGGCCAGGUGUAAUAAAAGUGGUGAGGUAGAUAAAAAUUUUAAUCUAUAUGCCCCGCAUUACUCCUGACUCUUAAACAAAUUAGUGGCCAGUUCCAGUUCUGUUCAUGCAUAACUUCUUUUUUUGUUUGUUUCCAUUACAGUUUCUGUAAACAAGAUGAAGCUCUGCCACUAAAAGAGGAACAAUAUAUUUCCCCUGAAAGCUGCCAACAGCUGGAGCCAGAGAUCCUAAAUUGUGCAGUAGAACUGUCAUUCUACAACACACUGAUCCACACAAGAGAUGAUGAUGAGGAGGAUGAUAUUUUUUUUGACAAUAAGUGAGUGUUGACAUUGUUAGAACAGUUAUGUGCACUACCAAAUAAUAAGCGGACACUCCACUGCCAAAAUACAAAUUAAAUAAAAAUCAAUAUUUAGUAUAUUUACUCUUAGUAGAUAUACGCCAUAUGCAAAUCUGCAUGCUUGUAAUUAUGUAUUUUUUUUUCCAUUGGGGGUUUAUCUAAAACUGCUUGGAAAACCUGAGGAUCUAUUGCCUGCUUCUUGUGAAAGCCCUCCCCUUCUAACCCAUCCCAGACUUUCUGUUGCUGUCCAAUCACAGACUUCCCAAUGUAGCCAAUGAGAAGUCUUUACAAAGCAGGUGCUCGGGGCAGUUGCUGCCUGCCUCUUGAACUAAACAAACCAGGAAGUAUUAAAAUAUAAAAUACAAAAAGACAUUAAUAGGAUUAUUCAUUAAAGUGCAAAUUGUCUGGAAUACACAUUUAUUUUCAAAUUUAUGGCCAACGUGGAAGCAUAUCUGACUUUUUUCCCAGUUCAGCUAGUUUUAUUUACUAGAAUUUUGCUAUAUUUGGAUUUCUAACAUUUCCUACUUAGUAAAUAAUCUCAGUAGUCUAAUAUUCUGAAUGUAAAUGGAGAUCAGGUUCACUGACUGCACUAACACAGGGUUAUUCCCCUAACACCAGAUAUUGUCCAUAGGGAUAAUAUUUAGUGAAAGUGUCUGGAUUCCGAUAAUUCUGGCAAUUAUCAUAUUUACAUGUUCAUUGUCUGGUUUAAAGUCAAUGUUUUUCAUAUUCACACCCUUUAAAAAGUAUAGAAUUUUUGGAAUAUGUACAAAGCAACAAUUUUAAAGUGAAUCGGGACCAAGUGUAUCCAGUAGCACAUUUGCAAAUUAUCGUUCAUUUACGUUUUGAAAGCAAAUGAUAGUACCUCAAAUUAUUUGCAUUCUGCCAGCAGUAGCAGCCAACGAACAUAUUAAAAAUGGGGGUCAGCCAUCAUAUUACCAUAAGGGUAGUUCUAAGCUUUCCUUAUGUCCUACCUGCCAAGUUGCCAAUAACACACCAAACCAAAAAACAAUCUUGCCUACCCCCUCACUAUAAUAAUAGUUAAGGGGGCUUAUAAAUCUACAAACCUGUAAGAGAAAAAAAAUCUUUCUUCAGCUCCACAAAAGGCCAAAAUAACACCAUUAACUCACAGCAUAAAAAGAAAAAAAAUGCAAAAAGCCCUACAAAAAUAACCCACAAAAAAAGAAAUCUGCACAUAAUGAGCUUUCAAGACUGGAAAGGCUUUAUCAAGGCUUCCCCAUGCUUUGAAAUCUCAGUAGAGUGCACAUGGAGGCUGGGGGGGCUUUAGGUCCCCCUCCCUGGUUAUUAAACCAAUAGCCGCUGACACUAGGAUGUCUAUCCUUCCCCUGUUGUAGGUCCCACCCCCCCCCUUUUAUUGUACAUGCUCGAUCCCCAUGUCUGCAAAAUCCAGACCUAGGUAUUGUGAACAUCCUAAUUUUUGCAGUCAGAAUAGUACUUGAGUGCACCACCUUGGAAGAAGUGAAAGUUAAAAAAGCAAAUUAGCAGAACAUAUCUGCUUAUUAAACAGCUUCUAUUGCAUAUAAAAUGGAUCAAAUAAAAAAUAGACAUUUAAAAUUGGCAAAAAUGCUUGAAAAUAAUUUGUAAAAAUAACUAAUAAAUAGUGAAAAUGUGUUGGGGUUUUUUUGUUUUAAUUUAGAGAUGUAAAUGUAGACCAUUCUUCCAAGGAUUUGAAGGUUUCAAACAGUGCAAGCAAAGAAGCACAACCACGGAGACAACAUACAGAUUUGACCGAUGACAAACUUGAAAGUGAAAUGGAACAUGUAACUAGGGAUUGCAUGACAGAAGAAAUAAAGAAUAAAUCUGACUUACUGCAAGUACUUCCAGAUAGCUCAUCCACUACUAAACCAACUACAGAAGCUGAUGGAAGAGAGAGUUCUCUUACCGAGAUGGGGAUUGAUCCAACUCUGGAUAUGUGAGUAGUUUUGCAUUUGCUUGUCAAAACGUAUUCUUAAACCUGUCAACUGCUUUUUUAAGGGUCACUCCAGGUGCUGAAAAACAAUUCUAAUUCUUUUUAUAUGUUUUGGACUCUUUAAUACGCUGUAUUUUUUGCAUGCUCAAUAUAGAUAGUUUUUACAAAAAAUAAAUAAAAGUUCUUUAGCUUUCUGUACUGUAAACCUUCCUCCUUAGCCACACCUCUCAUUCUAAAAUAGCCUAAGCACAGUAAGUAACUCAGCCACUGACAACACUCAACGCUGAACUGUGGGUAACCAGAAGUCAGAGUAGGGAAAACACAUAGCACUCAACCCCUACCACCACAGCGAUGGCAAUCACUGCAAUCCCUUACCCAAUGGGUGAAACCUGGAAGUGCGCUCCAGUGCUAGUCACUGCAGAACUGGCUGUGGAGAGUAAACCAUUCCUAUGUUUAUUAAAAAAAAGGGUUAAUCCUAGAGGGACCUGGCACCCAGACCACUUCAUUAAGCUGAAGUGGUCUGGGUGCCUAGAGUGGUCCUUUAAUAGAUCUAUUUGUUUCAAGUCUAAACUGACAUUUGAAGACGUUCUGUUCUGAGAGAAAAAGCUCCAGAAACUUUUUCUCCAAGAAUUGGCCCAAGUCAGCCAUUGCUGACUAUUUCAAGAGUUCUUCUUCAAAUCAGUUCACAAAAAGCAGUGGCAAUUGUGGCCAAUCCAAAACUGUUUUUUUUACACAUCUUCCUUAAAACACAAAUAUUUGUGUUCAGCGAAGUCUCCCAAGUACAACAGUAGCCCUCGUGUACAGGUUUUAUGGGGUCUAGUGGGUCUGCUCUCAUCCUGUGUGCGAGGGAGCAGUAAUCUACUUGCAGCUUCUCUCUGCUCCCUGUAGUGAUGCCGGAGCCAGAAUUACGUCAUUUUCCGGCUUCUGGCAUCACUAUACAGUGCGAGGGAGCAGAGAGGAGCUGCAGGUAGAUUACUGCUCCCUCACGCGCUGCCCCAGCCUGCCGCCUCCACGAUCCGCCUCCAUGCUGCUCAUUGUGACCAGCCGGCUCAAUUUUUACCACAUCCUGCGGCUUUAGCUAAAGGGCUUCAAAUCCAAGACCCCAGGGCAUAAUUUCUAGUCGCCCUGGCAACCUGGCACCUGGGAUUUGUCGUGCCCUGAAUUAGUCCUAUGUCUCUUUUGUGACAAAAGAAAAGUUUAAAGAGGCUUAAAGGGACACUAGCCACCAAAACAAUGUUAUCUUAAUAAGGUUGUUUUGGUGUGAAGAUCAAGCCCCUGCAGUCUCACUGAUUUUAACUCCUAAAUGGCAGAGAAUUGAGCAGUGAGACUGCAGGGUCAAGAUUUAUAGACUAAAACUGCUUCAUUAAGCUAAAGUUGUUUUGAUGCCUAUAGUGUCCCUUUAAUCCAGUGACCUAUUUUUUGUUUGUUUAAUACCUUGUAUGGAGACUCUGAUCACCUAACCAUCACUCUAUCUAUCUCCCAUUGUCUGCAGCAGUUCUGUUGUGGAUUUGUGGAUUGAUCAAAGUAUCUCCAUUGCAUAUUACUGUAGAGUAGAUGAAAGCAGACAAAUGGGCCAAAAAUUAUACCCCUGUCAUGAUUAGCUGCUUAAAACACAAUAUAGGAGGGAAUCGUUAGAAUUACCGUUGUUUGUCCUGCUUACUGUGGGAAUGUUCAGCUAAGAUUGACAUGGUCUGUACUAACUGCAAAAGCUUUGAAGAAAUUGUUAAAAAAAAAAUAAAAUAAAAAAUACUAUUGGACUAGAGUGUCAUUGUGACAAAACCCCUGUUUUGCUGAAUCUCUGGAGUCUUUUCAUUCGUAUGGUAUUCGUGUAUUUGGCCCUUUCAUGCUUUUAUUAAAAUAACCGAACAAUUCACCGAACAGUCAGACCACCUACAAUGGUCGUGUGCAACUUAUUAACCACCCAGCCAUUGUGGUUAACCACAAGUAUUUAUCGAACGGUUGGGUGGUCAGCGUUCGUUUGUCGAACACGUGGAGGCGGCCAUUUUAAAUCAUCGAAGCCCAGCGGUGUAUUGUCGUCGACAGUAUGGAACUAUUUUCGGACACAUUUUCAGACUAACACCGCUGAGGCUCACCAACAUCCAUCCCAUUUGUCUCCAAGUGCACGAACACUAUACCAUUCUGGACAUUUAGUAUACGAAGGAGACCGACCUCAGGUAGCUGAAUCCCUGGAGCUAUUUUCGGACACAUUUUCACGAACAGCCAGUGAAUUAAAUCUUUAGCUCCAUGGCGUUUAAAUGUAUUUGUGGGAUCUGAGCGCUGUUUGGCUACAUUGAAAAUUGGGGGGAAAAUGGGGAUUCCGUUCGGCGAAAAAGAAGUUAUGGAUUUUAGUACAUUUUUGUUAUAAUGUAAAAAGAAAGUAUUUCUCUCUACCUGGAGAUAAAUAAGUUUACUUCAACCACUUAAGCCAAUUAUAUCCAGUAUAGAGAGAAGGGAGUUCACUGUUUGUGUGGGUGUGUUUAUUAUUGUAAUGUAAAAUGAUUGGUUAUUGUAUUUCUUGUCACAGUCUUCCACAAGGUCCCUGUGGGAGUAACCCUUGCUGGAAGACCAUCAUAAAAGGCCGAGCUGUGGCCAGCAUUAAACCAGAUCAUUUUACCCCUUCAUGAAGUCUCGACUCAUGUUUGGGGGAUUGAGAGCUAUAAUCACUACUUUGCUCUGCUGCAGUUGGGAUUUCGGGAGAAGCUACAAGGAUCUUUCCUACAGGGAUAGCAGAUCCAUUACACUGGUGGCAAGCAGUGGGAUUUUCUCCCAAAUGGAAUUACCAAACAAAGUAGUGAAUGGCGCAUAGAUACGAACGGCUGAAACGAACGAUGCUGAAGAAACUGCUGGAAGCUCGAGGCAUAGUGGCAAGCAACAAGCCGAAAGCCAUGAUAAUAGCCGAACUACUGGAGAGCGACCAAGCCAGCGAACUACAGAUGGCGAAUAUGGAGGAGACUGAGUUUCAAAGACUGUGUCUUUCUGUUUUUUUUGGUGUCUGUAUUUGUGGAUGGAGUGAUGUCCUCACAGAAGCUUGCCUGCACUUGAUUUUUCUCACUGCCCUCCACCCACCUUUCACUUUAUUUAUUUUCAAAGAGAUGUAAGACUCAGCCUGGUGGGACCUAACCCUGCACUAGAGAUUGUGGUACAGCUCAUGGCACAAGCCACGGAAGCACAGAAUGUCCGGGAAGCUCGGGAGACCAGAGACAGAUCACCACCAGUGGAUAUAUUGUCGCUAUCUGGAUCUACAAUGGGGCGACCACGCAAGAUCAACUACGCUGCGUUUAGAAGAUUUGGAGAGGGCUAGUUGGUCUACGAUAUUAAGUAGCAAAUUGUCAGGCAGAGCAGCGGAAGCAUUUAGAGCCGUGCCUGAUGUGGACAUACAAAAUUAUGAAAAAAUCAAAGACAUUUUGUUACGCUGUGACACCUUAAGCCCACAGAAGAAAAUUUCGGGCCCUCAAGAGACAGGGCAAAGAUUCCAAUACUGAGUGGGCAUUCCGCAUUCCCCGCACAGCCAGUAACUGGAUGCAGGGAUGCCAGGCGACUACGCUAGCGGAUGUCCUACAAUUCAUACUGUUGAAGCAGUUCUUUGCCCACACUCCAACUGAGUUCAGAGACUGGGUCAGAGACAGGUAACCACAGACAGUGGAAGAGGCAGCACGGCUGGCAGACGAGUUCCACGAGAGCAGGCGGAUGGACGGUAACCGAGGGCCAACAGGAUUUCGCUCUCCAACCUACCCUCCAACUACAGCUACACGGCAGAGGACAACACCACCGAUGAGCAACCCUACCACUGGAUAUUCAUAGACAGCACCAAUGUGUUAUGGGUGCAAACAAGUGGGGCACAUUAAGCCCAAUUGCCCGCAACAUACUGCAGACAGAUGGGGGCGAAAACCAGCACCACUGGCGAAAGCAGCAGCACACUGUGUACAGGAGGAUUACAACCCCACGGCGUAAGGACCCCCCAGUAACAACACCGAGAACUGGUCCAUGUUACAUGAAGUCAAUCCCAUACAAGCUGCUGGAGAUAACCGAUCUCAUCACCAUCAAUCAGUGAAACUGAAUGGGCAAGAAGCGAGAGACAGUGGGACCACUAUCACCCUGGUACAACCACACAGGGUCAAACCCUCACAACACACUGAGCACACCGUCGCUGUAAGGGUAGCCGGAGGAGCGAUACACAAGUUACCUACAGCUCGGGCACACCUUGACUGGGGUACCGGCUCCAAGUCCGUGGAAGUGGGCAUCAUGCCAGAUCUGCCCGCGGAGGUACUAUUGGGCAAUGAGGGUAUCGGAGGGAGGCAGACCAACCCCAGGGAGACUUAGACCAAGAGAGGUUUACCUGGGAGAAGGGAUUGCUAUACAGGGUGACCGGGGGGACAGAAAGGGGAGCUGGCCAAGUAGCUAAACAACAAUUAGUGGAACCCCGUAAUUAUAGGGUUGAGUUAUUACGCAUCAGCCAUGAUAUUCCCCUAGCAGGCCACUUAGGGAUAAAAAAGACUAGGGAUAGACUCACCCAGGCAUUCUUCUGGCCAGGAGUCACCAGAGAAUUGCAAGACUAUUGUUGGACCUGUGACGUAUGUCAGAAGGAAGGAAAAAGGGGGGACCAGCCCAGAGCCAAACUGUGUCCUCUUCCCGUAAUAGAGGAGCCCUUUUUCCGAGUGGCCGUAGAUUUAGUCGGGCCACUCAGCAAACCUAGUCAAUCCGGUAAGAAAUAUAUUCUUACCGUGCUGGACUAUGCCACCUGUUAUUCUAAAGCAAUAGCAUUGUCUAAUAUACAUGCAGAGACAGUGGCGGAAGUGCUGGUCCAAGUGUUUACCAGGGUUGGGUUCCCCACGGAAAUAGUGUCCGAUCAGGGGACCCAAUUCACAGCGGUAGUUACCCAGCAGCUCUGGCAAAGCUGUGGAGUAAAACCCAUUCUGAGUUCCCCAUAUCACCCACAGACAAACGGCCUCUCUGUCGGAAUUGGGAAAAGUUUCUUCCCCACCUACUGUUUGCGUACCGGGAAGUACCCCAAGAGUCCCCUGGAUUCUCCCCAUUUGAAUUAAAAUAUGGGAGGAGAGUCCAUGGACCACUAGACCUAGUACGUGAACACUGGGAGGGAGAUAUGGGAGAGUCAGGCACCCCUAUAGUACCUUUUUGUUCUGAAACUGAGGGACCGUCUGCAGACCCUGACAGAAUCUGUUCGGGAGAACCUGCAGGCGGCCCAGCAGUGACAGAAAUGCUGGUAUGACAGAGGGGCUAGGGACCGUAUACAGGAAGUAGGGGAAAAAGUCCUAGUACUAAAGCCCACUAAGACCAACAAGUUACAGGCCUGGCAGGGUCCCUACACUGCGAUUGAAAGGAUUAGUGACACCACUUACAUUGUGGCAGACUGUUCAAAUGAAAGGAUCCGUCGAUCCUUCCAUAUGAAUAUACUCAAGCCAUACCUAGAAAGACCAGAGGAAGUCUCCGCAGUAUGCGCUCCAGCUUAUGAGGACAGUGAGGGUAUUCCCUUACCCGACUUACUCCACCAAGAACCUGCAGGGGUAGACCGGGUACAGUUGGGGCCCCGACUUGAGCAUGGACGAACAAGCCCAGGCUUCCCAGCUGUUAAAGGAAUUUGGGGGAAUGUUUUCUGCUGCCCCAGGAUAUACGACGCAGGCAGUCCACAAAGUGGAGACCCCAGGUCAUUUACCCCUGAGACAGCAGCCCUAUUGGAUUCCCAAAGCAGUGAGCAGUAUGCUCAAAGAAAUUCAGGAUAUGUUAGGGCUGGGAGUCAUAGAGCCAUCCCAAAGCUCAUGGGCCUCCCCAGUGGUCCUGGUUCCUAAAAAGGACGGUACCACCCGCUUUUGUGUAGAUUAUCGUAAACUAAACGAAAGGACAGUCACCGACGCCUACCCCAUGCCCAGGGGAGACGAGUUACUUGACCGUAUGGUUCGGGGGAAUUAUUUGACCACUAUUGAUCUGUGUAAAGGGUGUUGGCAAAUCCCCUUGGAGCCUGAGGCCGUUCCUAAGUCAGCCUUUGUCACCCCAUUUGGCCUGUACCAAUUCAAGGUCAUGCCAUUUGGGAUGAAGAAUGCCCCGGCUAGUUUCCAAAGGAUGGCUGAUCGGCUCCUAGAGGGAUUCCAGGGCUUCACUUGUGCUUAUCUGGACGAUAUAGCCAUCUUCAGUGGCACUUGGGAAGCCCACCUAGAGCACACUUCAGUAGUGCUCAAACGUAUUCAAACAGCAUGACUUACCCUAAAGUCAGAAAAGUGCCAUGUAGGCAUGGCCGAAGUCCAAUAUUUAGGACACCGAGUAGGGUCAGGGAAACAGAGGCCUGAACCUGCAAAAAUAGAAGCCAUUACCCAGUGGCCCCAACCGCAUACUAAGACAUAGGUCAUGGCGUUCCUGGGCACCGCCGGUUACUAUAAAAAGUUCGUACAAGAGUACAGUGCCAUGGCCAAACCCCUGACUGACCUCACAAAAAAAGUCACUACCCCAACAAGUAGUCUAGUCCCCUGAGUGUGAGGAGGCUUUCCAGAAACUCAAGGCUGCGGCAAGUGAAUCUCCUGUGUUGGCAGCACCUGACCAUACUAAACGAUUUCACAUUCACACAGAUGCCUCAAUGUUUGAAUGGAAGCCAGAUUGGUGACGAUGGCAUGAACCAUCCUGUGGCAUAUCUGAGCAGGAAACUGUUACCCCGCGAAGUCAGUUAUGCCACCGUUGAGAAGGAGUGUUUGGCCUUAGUUUGGGCCCUUAAGAAGUUACAGCCUUACCUCUCUGGACGCUCUUUCACAGUGAUGACAGACCCUUUAGGAUCUAAGCGGGUAUGCCGUUCCAUGGGACUAAGGGGGAGCUGUGUGACAAAACCCCUGUUUUGCUAAAUCUCUGGAGUCUUUUAAUUCGUACGGUAUUCGUGUAUUUGGCCCUUUCAUGCUUUUAUUAAAAUAACCGAACAAUUCUCCGAACAGUCAGACCACCUACAAUGAUCGUGUGCAGCUCAUUAACCACCCAGCCAUUGCAGUUAAUCACAAGUAUUUGUCGAACGGCUGGGUGGUCAGCGUUCGUUUGUUGAACACGCGGCGGCCAUUUUAAACCAUCCAACGCCCAGCGGUGUAUUGUCGUCGACAGUAUGGAACUAUUUUCGGACACAUUUUCAGACUAACACCGCUGAGGCUCACCAACAUCCAUCCCAUUCGUCUCCAAGUGCACGAACACUAUACCUUUUGGGACAUUUAGUAUACAAAUGAGACCGACCCCAGGUAGCUGAAUCCAUUGAGCUAUUUUUGGACACAUUUUCACGAACAGCUGGUGAAUUAAAGAAGAAGAAAGGAAAAAGGAGCAGAGUACUUGUAGAAUAGGAGAAAGAAGGAAAAUAAAAAAUAUAAAAAGGAAAAGGAGAGAAUUGUUGUUGGCUAAUAAUAAUAAGUGGGCUACCUAGCUCAGCCUUCCUGCUGGGCAUUGCUUUGAGGAAGGUUGAGGAGGGGAGCUGAUGCACGGAUUAGAAAUCAUAUUAUGAGCAAACAGAGAAAUCAUCUGAAUAUCCCCGAAAGAGGAGAACUUUGUUUGUUCCUUAUGAAAAUCGAACCAGAUAUCACAUAUUUAUAUUCUUUAUUUUUAUUGUGCAAAGAAGAACAAACAGGCUUGUGUCACCAUGACAGCAUUUUUUUUUUUUUUUUUUACAAAACUAUACAAGCUAAUCAAUGCAUAUGUUAUUGAUAAAGAGAACAGGUUAGUUAAGCUAGGUCAGUGUACCAUAUAGCAUAAGAUUAGUGUCUCAAAUAAGAUAGGCAUACCGCCACGAAUUGUAACCCACUGAGUUACGUUAGCAUACUAAACCACUGGCACCCACCGCUGGAGGUAACAGGAAACUUAAGCAUACAAACAAUCAUAAACAUAAACAGCUGCCCAUAGGACUGCUCAGGCUAAAUCUGUCAGUAGGUGGUUGUUUAUGAGAAAUAAGCGAAUGUGGCUAACUGACAUUAAGGAACAUAUCUAGAGUAAAUGACCUCGCUUGGUUACAGGUGAUACUAGGUUGUGAAGUGACACGUUAGGGUAAGUUAGAGUAGCUGAGAACAAUUAGCAUAAUACUGCCAGCAUGACACUAAACUGUAUUGUUGUAUAACAUGCUAGCUGGGUAUAGUCUAAGAAGCUAGUAGCGGGUGUUUAACCCCUGGAACGUCUCAAUUUUUGUGUAACUAGUGUAGGCAUAGGCAGGCAACUAGCAUUCAUCAAAUCAUAAAAUAACAUAGUGCUUGUUAGACAUUAUUAACAGCUUAUCGUUAAUGAUGAAUGUUAUAUGCACUGUGUAUGCUUGAGCAGAAAGAAAGGAUGUUGAGGGUUAAUUGCAUGCAUACAGUCGUGAGAGUUCAUCUGGGGUUUUCAUGCCUCUCUUAGGCUGUGUCAUUGCCGGGCGGUGAGGCUGUUUUCUGCGCUGCUGCUGUGUGGGAGUUCCCCCGAUAUGCUUUGCCUGUGCCUGGCUGCGGUUGCCCUAAGUGAGGCUCCGGGCCUUUGAUAGCGGGGUGGUCUUUCUCAGGUGCUUGUGGGGCCCGGGAAUGGAGCUUAUGGCACGUGCUGGGUCCCACUCUGGAGCCUCUCUUACUGGGCCUUGUGGCUUGCCUUCUGGCUGGGUCCCUGGUUCCGAAGGCCAUGCAAGCUUUUUCAGCCGCUCCCAGAAGGAGUCGAAUAUGCAGGUGAGUCGGAGCUCCAUGUCUUGCCUGGCCUUGUAAAGGGCUGAGGCGUGUGUGCCGUCCGCCAUUUUGUCAGCCACAUCAGGGACCUCCGCACGGUCGGUUCAUCCACUUAUCUUCUUUCAAGGGGAUCGUGAGGGCGUGGACCAGGAUAACCCCCGCCGGUCCGGGGGGGGGAACGAGGGCCUGGAGGCCAACACCUGGCUGGUUCAGGCAGCAGUAAAGCACCCGUCUUCCCCGCGCCCGCCAUGCUGGUAGGCCUCGCAGUGAGUUUGUGUACGCCUGGGUGGCAUCGUCGCUUGGGUGGUGUCUGUGUGUGCGCCCCAGUAUCAUCUGUCGCUUGGUGGCCUUUAGGUAUUCUUUUGGUGGCUUUUAGGCCUCUGGAAUCCGCUUUUUUUGCCCCAAGCAUCCAGAACUGGUGAGGCAUGCUUCCUCUCAGCUCAGCGGUCAGGCCCCGCCCCAGAUAUCAAAUAUUUAAUCUCGCAGCAGCAGCCUCAAGGAUCUCAUUAAUCACUAGUUAAAGGUAAUUUCAAUUUACUUUAUUGUUUUCUCAUUAAAGGAACACUAUAGUCACCUAAAUGACUUUAGCUAAACAAAGCCGUUUUAGUGUAUAGAUCAUUUACGCUCAAUUCACUGUCAUUUAGGAGUUAAAUCACUUUGUUUCUGUUUAUGCAGCCCUAGCCACACCUCCCCUGGCUAUGAUUGACAGAGCCUGCAUGAAAAAAAAAACUGGUUUACCUUAAAUAAUUGUAUCCCAAUCUCUAAAUUGAACUUCAAUCACAUACAAGAGGCUCUUGUAGGGUCUAGCAAGCUAUUAACAUAGCAGGGGAUAAGAAAAUCUUAAUUAAACAGAACUUGCAAUAAAGAAAGCCUAAAUAGGAAGUGUUUAUGGAAGGCUGUGCAAGUCACAUGCAGGGAGGUGUGACUAGGGUUCAUAAACAAAGGGAUUUAACUCCUAAAUGGCAAGGGAUUGAGCAGUGACGCUGCAGGGGCAUAUUCUAUACACCAAAACUGCUUCAUUAAGCUAAAGUUGUUCAGGUGACUAUAGUGUCCCUUUAAACAUUAUAAAGUUAAAAACAUUAUAAACAUGCAUAAAGUAGAAAUAAAAAGAUAAAAACACGCUCCUUUCUAAAAAAAUAUUCCGCACUUGCACGAAAACUGGUGGGCGGUAAGGAAAUUUUUCCAUCAAGAAAGAUGCAUUCGUGUGCGGUAGGUAGAAAAAGGUUGACUACCCCAGAUCUGUCCAAUAGUUUGGGAUCCUUCCCUGUUUUACUUAAAUAUUGGGCACUCUUCAGGUCUACAUCAAGUGUCAUGCACUUUUUUUUGGUCUGGGGAACUAGGCUUUUUAUUUUAUUUUCCAAGAGGCUGUCUUAGCCAUGUUUCCAUGUAUGUAGCCAUUUUUAAUCUGCAUUGUUCAAAAUGUGCCAUGAGUGUUUCAACAUCAUUAAUUGACACUCACUACCAAACAACGAUGUAAAAGGACUCAUUGUUAAUGUAAUGCUUUUUGUAUUAUACAUAUCAUCAUUUUUUAAUAAUUAUUUCUUAACCGUAAGAAAGAGGUCUUUCUAGUAGUGUGUGUGUAUGCCAAACACAAUUUGGAAUGAUUCUAAUACUGAAAAUGAGGAAGUGAAAUGUCCUCAUUUGAUAUAUCCGCUCUGGGGGGGUGUAAAUAAGCCACUCUGUGCAGGGAGACAUAUUACUAGGAAGAAGGAAUUGUAAAAGCAAAUCUAAUUAAAUUGUAUUACAGAAUUUCUGGUAGAUUCAUCAAAAAAUUAUUAAUCUCAACCCAGCGGCCCCCGCUUAUAUUACACAAUGAAAGAAGGAACUUCAAUUAACGAUACCGUAGGAAGACUGGCAACGAGCAGCUAUUAACAUGAGAGGUGUUUCCAAACGUAUGUCUCACUGGGAGAGCAGCAGGACAGCAAAACUGGCCCAUAUCUACCCAGGAACUUCUGAUGUAUGCUGAAGGUGCAAUGCACACAAAGAGACCACAUUUUAUAUGUUCUGGAGUUGCCCCCUAGUACAGCCACUAUGAAAAGCGGUUACAAACCUCAUUGCGUGUCUACUCCUUGAAAUGCUCCCAAAUUCCAUCCCUUACCUCACUCAACCGUUAAUCUUGCAUAUCCUAACUGCUGCAAAAAUACCACAGCUAAGCACUGAAAAUGACUACGAUACCACCCCUCCAGAUGGUGAAGAGCUCUGUUGCAUCUACCAGAUAUUUUGCGAAAGUGGCACAUAGAAUACAAAGCCGUUCCUCUAAAUUCACUUAAAUCUGGGCAAAGUGGGACGACUAUCACAGGCAAUAACUGGCAGUAACAUAAGCCUUCCUCUCAGCCUACCACGGAUACCACCUAACCUCCACUUCUGCCCCUUUCUGCUCCUCUUAGUUCUAGGAGUUCUGAGUUACAUAGUGGUGGUAAAGAAGUUGAGCUGUGUCUGCAAUCCACUUAAUUUAGUUAUGCUAGCUUUGUUUAUUGAGGACACCCUAUCUCUGUAAUGUGUUUGUGUGUAAAUGAUGUUCGGUGCAUCCUCAUUCAAUAAAAAUGAAAGGGAAAAAAAAUAUGUAAUUUAGAUUGGACCCAUGUGAUUUAAAAAAACUUUCUGGGAGUUAAUUUUUAUUUUUUUUAAUCUUGCAUAUCCUAACUGCUGCAAAAAUACCACAGCUUAUUAAAAAAAAAAAAAAUUAACUCCCAGAAAGUUUUUUUAAAUCACAUGGGUCCAAUCUAAAUUACAUAUUUUUUUUCCCUUUCAUAUAUAUAUAUAUAUAUAUAUAUAUAUAUAUAUAUAUAGGCUUCUAAAUGGUUUAUUUUUUUUUUACAUUCAUCUACACUCAGUACGUCAUAAUGUCAAAGCAAAAAAAUAAUGUCAAAGCAAAAAAAGUUUUCAUUUUUGAAAACUUUUUUAAAAAACUGAAAUAUCACAUAAGCUGAUAAACUAUUUUACUACUACAGGAAAAUAAACAUAAACAAGUUUCUUAAAAUUCACUUCAAUCUUUAAAAUGUUGUCUUAAGACUGAAAGGAACUUGUCAAAGAUUGUAUUCUCAAUUGUCAUUCAGCUGUGAAUGGAAACUGUGUGUUAAUCACAAAGACUGCUUGAAAAGCAUUUGUGCAUGCACAUGCAGCUGGUUAGCAAGCAUUGCCAUCCAACCCAAAAUGUUUGAUGUGAGCACGAGGAAUCAAUAUAAAUCAAUAUGUGAUGAUUAGAACUAAACUACUUUUUCUUGCCAUAUACCAGCUGUACACAAAUGUGUAAUCAUUUUGCCGAUGGACUGGUCGUCUAUCUAAAGACCAGAAACAUAGUAAAGGAGGAAACUAUAUUUAAAAGAAGAGCUACCACAACAAGAGGACAUAGUCUUAAAUUAGAGGGGUAGCAUUACUUUACUGAGAGCGUAGUGGAUGCAUGGAGGGGUAGAGGUUAACACAGUGAGGGAGUUUAAGCAUGCGUGGGAUAGGCAUAAGGUUUUCCUAGACGUAAGAUAAGGCCAGGACUAAUUAAAAGUAUUUUUAAAUAUUGGGCAGACUAUGGGCCGAAUGGUUCUUAUCUGCCGUCACAUUCUAUGUUUCUAUGAAACGUAAAUUAGUAAAUUCCACCCACAGUAACCUCACCAUAUACCAUAAAGGCCUCAGUCUAAAAAGUGCAGGUAAUGCCUGAACGAUGUGCAGGACAGGUGGAUAACUAGAUCUCCUCAGGUUGAAGGUGGGAUGUGCAUAGGUUGCUGUUGGAUGAUAUUGUUUGGGUGCCACAGGAUCUGGUUGGUGUCUUCAGGCCCUACUCUCUUACUAGGUGCCGGUAAUACACUUUAAAUGAAAGGUAAUAGUGGCAAUCUGUUGUAGCCAGCUUGAAGAUCAUGCUGUGUUUCAACUGCAGUAAAAUAAAAAUGCUGACAGAAGAGGCAGCAGGAUAAAGGAGAGUCCAAGGCCCAACUAGCACAUAAUUAAAAGUGGUGUAUUCUGGCUUUGUGCUGCCCUAGGCACCCCUUAAUCUAAACUCUGGCACCCCUUAAUGUAAAUUUUUCCCACCCCUUGUUAUCAAGAUCACACCUCUUCAUGUUUAAGAUGCACACACUUUGACAAAUUGGAAAUGGCUCCAAUCACUAGUCAACAAAGGGGGAGGUCCCAAAUACUAGAGGGAAGAGAAAAGAAAAAAUGGCACUAGUGACACAACCUUUUAACAAAGGAAAACGAAAAGAGAAUCACACAUGAAAUAAGAGAUAUCACAGAUUUAAAAAAAAAAAUAUAUAUAUAUAUAUAUAUAUAUAUAUUUAUUUUUAGUUAAUAAAAUAAGGGGAUAUGAGGGAGAUAUAAAAAAGCAUAAAUAAGAAUCUAGGGGAAACAAAGAAAUUAAAAUAGAGAAAUGUAGAAUAUUUUAGAAAAUUGAUUAAACAGGCACUUAAGAUAAGUAACGCACAAAAUGAAAGAAAAUUAUCUUCCUCUUAAGUUUACACAAAUUAGAAUGAAUUUACAUAAUGGACAGUAAAAAUCAUAUAAAUCAAAAGGACAGAAAACAAGGACAGGCUAAAAUAUCUAGGUAUAACACUAACCUCAGGUUUAAAAGACCUAGUAAAAGCCAACUUUUUACCCUUACUAACCCAAACUAACAAAAAUUUAAGGGACUGGAAAGGUGUGGGAUUUUCCUGGUCGGGAGGAUCAAUAUCCUAAAAGCAUAUAUUUUACCACAAUGGCUGUACCUAUGGGGAAUGAUCCCACUUAAUUUCCCAGAAAACUGGUUAUCUUAACUUCACUCAUCCUUUUUUAAUUUGUAUGGGGCGACAAGAAAGCAAGUAUUAAAAUGAAAAAUUUGACUAGAUCAAGGCAGGAUGGCGGCUUGGGGUGCCUGGAAAUUUUACAAUGCUAUCAAGCUAGCAGACUUUUCCAUAUAUUGCUUUCACAAAAUUUUGCUGCAAUCCAAGAAACAUGGUAUAAAAUGGAAAAAGCUAAAACCGGGUUAGGACAUUUAACGUCAUUAUAUUAGGACCUAUAUGUAUAAAAAAAUAAAUAAAACAAAAUCAAUCAAAGAGGCACAAACUAAAUCUCAGAUACUCAAAGAGUUAACGAGUUGGUGGGACAAAUUCUCAAACAACAUAGGACCCAGAAAUAGAAUAAUAGAUGUGCUCCAUUUUCUAGUAUUUCAGAUAUGUUAGACAACAUAAAAAUAGACACUUGGAAGACUGGGUGGAUAAGGGCAUUCAAAAAUAUGCUGGUGGAACAUAAAAUUAAAACCUUCAAUCAAAUUAUGGAGGAAUUCAACAUUCCCCCCAAGAACACUUUUAACUUUCUGCGAAUUAAGGGCCUUUUAGCAGAAUAUCUCCUUCAAAACGAGGAAGAGAAAAUGACAAUCCUCAAACAUCUACUCGAAUUAAAGAGCUAUAAAAACCUAAGGGCAAAAUGCGCUAAUGUUACAUAUAGAUGGAGACACGAUAAACCGAUAGAACUUAUUAAUACAUGGGAAAAGGAACUACAAGUACAAAUAGAAGAAGAGUGGAUGUGCUCUUUAAAUAUACUUAAUAAACAUGUACACUGCCUAAAUCUUACGGAAACCCAAUUUAAACUCUCAAACAGAUGGAUAAAAAGGUAGAGACUUCACACAAUGUUUUUGGGCAUCAUUAUAGCUGGGGCUUCAGUGACAAGAGCUCAAAUAAUUUGGCUUGAGGCAUCUGGGGACUGUAGCUGUGGAAUCUGUAAGAGGUUAUUUUGCACUCCUCAAAAAGGUUAAACAGACACUAUAGUCACGAGAACAACUACAGCUUAUUGUACUUGUUAUAAUAAAUAUAGUCAGUCCCUGCAAGCUUUUUAAUGUAAACACUGUUUUGGUUUUUUUGUGUUUUGUUUUUUUGUUUUGUUUUUUCCAGAGAAAAGGCAGUGUUUACAUUGCUGCCUAGGAACACCUCCAGUGGAAACUCCUCCAGCUGUUCAGUGUCUCCACGCUCCCCAUAGAGAUGCAUUGAUUCAUGAGAAGAUGCUCAUAGGCUAGAGCAUCAUUUUCCCCCAACCACCCUCCCACCAGGCCCCACACCCCACCCCUUCUAUCCCCCAGUCUGCCUCUUUGGCCGACAGCAUCAGAAUUGACAAUGUCAGCCACACCAAUGCUUUCCUAUGGUGAUUGAUUGUUGUCAGCCAAGGGGCCAGAUCAGGGGUGGGGCAUGUUCCCCAUGGAAAUAAGGUCCGUUUUCUUAUUAUUUAAGAGGGGCAAAGGUGUGUGUGUGGGGGGGAGGUGUUACAGGAACCGUUGCGUCUGGCCGUCGGAAUGUCAGGACAGGGUUGGAAUGACAUUGCCAAUCACAUGCCCUCCGGACAUGCAGGACAGGCACAGUACCUCCUUUUCCACCAUGGUGAGGAACAAAACACAGUGUAGGCGCCUUUUUUAAAAGGGGAAAAGGAAAGGGCAAAUGAAUGUAAUAAGAAAGGGAAAGCAUAAAAAGAAAAAGAAAACAAAUAUUAAUGAAAAAUAAAUCAAAAGUACUGCUAACCUAAUAUAUUUUGUAUUAAGUGCUCCACUUAAGGUGUAGGUUUUAUACACUUUGAAGUGAUUGAAGCCUCAGACCUGCAUUGGAAUCUUGCUUAGUUUUGCAGACAUUGAGGUUAAUCCGUUGAGGUAAGGUGGUGCCUGAGAUCUCCUCACACUUUAACAGCUUCAAGUACAAGGACCUAAUAAAACGCCACAAAAGAACCAUUUAUGGGCCAUGGCACAGAGAUUAAGAAAUUCUAGUUAUCACCGCCUGAGACAUGACUAAAAUUUAUGAAUAAACUUCUAAAUUGUCUUUGGUAUUCUUACAUUUAUGUGGAAUGCUUUUGGUUUGUAACAAGUACUUUUUACAGUUUAAAUAAAUCUUUAAAUCUUUUUUAAUCUGCAGUGAAGAAGAUCUUUAUCAAAGUAUAGAAGAAAUCGAAGAAGAAAAGACUAAUAAAAUCCCCAUCAUUUAUGACAAGAUCUCUAAAGGUACAAUAUGUUUUCUGCAAUCGUUACUAGAUAGUUCAUAACAAUUGUUCUUUGUUAAUAGCUAGUUUAUGAACUGAUUGCACUAUAUAAUCCAAAGUGGGAGAUAAGAGAGUUUAUUCCCUCUCAUGGAUGGACAAUCUGAGGACCUCAAACUACGGUUGUCACUUUACCAUUGUAAAAGAUCAUUCAAAAUACCCAGUAUACAAAUAUGUCACCCUAAUUUUAUGACAAUAUGAGAUGUGUGGGCUUUGCAAAAAAAAAGUUGCACCUUAUCUCUUUCAUAAUGUUUCACUACUUUUUAUUUUAUUUUUCAAAGUGGGGACCAAAUAAAUGAGAAAUUUCAUAUUCCAUAUACUUGUUUAUUUCAAGUUGAUUGAGCAACUUCAUCUAUAUUCUUCAUGCCGGAAACUCCAGACUACUGCUUUCUGUAACGUUUUGUACUUUAAAAGUGAGUGUUGAGGCAUUUAUUUAAUAUAUUUCUAAAUGGAAUAUGAAACUUGUCAAUAGUAUCAUUAGCCCAACCCAUGAAUGACAGAUACCCUAUUUUGUAUCAAUCUCCUAUCUAAAGACUCAAUACCAAAAUUGCAUUGAAUUUAUAUUGUAAGUUUGUUUUGCAGGUUCCUCAUCAUCUUAUUGUUCCUGUAACAUUUUGUAAUUGUCUCAUUUAUUAAGUUUCCCUAUUUGUAACAUUGUAAAGCACUAUGGAAAACGUUGGCGCUAAAUAAAUGCCAAUAGUUUUUUUUUUGUUUUUUUUAACUUUCUUACCUUUUUAUUGUGAGUGGUACCUAUCCCUGCUGAUCCAGGGGAGAACCAAGAGCUGAAAUGUUUUUAUUUCUAUCUUAUUAAUAUUAUUAUGAAAUGCUAUUUUUGUUUUAAUUAGCUACUGGUACACUUAUUGUUCCCUCCCAAUGGUUUAUGUUGGUAAGGUGGAUAGUUUAUGAAAUUUCAUAGUGUUAACUCCAUACUAAAAUGUGUUAUUAAAAUGCUGGAUGUCGUUCUUAUUUUUCACAUGUUUUAUUUCUUGGAAAUCACAUGAUUAUAUAAACUUCUAAGCAGUGAGUGGUGUAUUUGGGUGUCAUAAAUAUCAUAUGAUUUUUAUAUAUAUAUAAAAAUCUAAUUGGAUGCAAACAGUUAAAGAAUCAUUUGGCAGUCCCAAAAACACACCUGUAAACCUCUAUGUAUAAUAGACAUUAUGACAUUUGUAUUGAAGUAUUUAACUUUUUCAGAGGAUCGUAAAGUUGGAGUGGAACCGGAAAUGGAUAUUGUGGAGUAUUGCAGCAGAGAAUGGAGGGGCAAAACCAAUGCAGCCAAAGUAAUGAAGAAGGUACAUUGUGAUAGAAAUAUCCAAACAUCAUUUUGUUGUACAUAGUGUGUGAUAGGCAAAUCCAGUUGAGGUUUAUUUUCUUAAUUUAAGUUACAUAGUAAUUGUAAUAGCUAUGGGUAAACAUGCAACCAAAAAUGUGAUAAAACCCUUUAUGACAGAUGACAUGCUAUAACCUGCUAGAAUAGUAUCCUUGUACUAAACUUGUCCUGGAGAGGUUGAUACAGCUUUCUGUACAUGCUAGAUGUAGUCUAAUCAUGUGCUGAAUUUUAAUGCAUUUUUGCUGCACCUUUGAUGAGAAGUGCUAGUGGCUUUGAGAAGUGUGACACCUGGGAAACAAUGAGAUAGACAAAAGAUCAGAAUUGGGGCUGUCACGCUGUAUCUCAGAGACAAAGUUGUAUUCCUUACACUAUUGUUCCUUCACUGGUCCCCUCCCUCCAGCAUGGAAAGGGUUUUUAAAUUUUUUUUAAAAAAAAUCUUUGUUUUCUCACCCGAUUCCAGCGCUGAUCAUUCUCGGUGCUGGGUCAGUGCCAGACAUCACCAAACAAGGGAGCAGGGGGCUAAAGUGCAUGCAAAAUAAGCAACACAAGUGCAUUAGGCCCCCUCAUAGGAAAGCAUUGCUUCAAUGCUUUCCUAUGGAGAUGUUACAGACGCUUAAAGUCCUCAUGCAAAGCUUGAGGAUGUCCAGUGUCAGGAGACAAAAAGUCGGUUAGCCUCCAGGAAUUGCCUCCAGUGGCUGUCGAACAACCACUAGAGGAAGUCUUAGCCUUGCAGUUUCUCAAAACCUGCAAUGAUUUACAUUGCAAGACUAAAGGGGACAGGAACAUUAAACCUUAAGUGGUGUGGGUGCCUAUGGUGUCCUUUUAAGCAGCUUAGGUUAUCCAAAUGCGAGAACACAGCUCUGUUUGUUAUGUAGAUAACUUCUCUUCUAAAAGCUAUGAACUAAACAAGAAAAAAUCCAGGCAUUCUCUCAGCCAGUUUAGAUUUUGCUUGAAAGUGAUCUAGUCAACUUAUGUGUGAACUGGCUAUCAGCCCUCACCACCUUUCCAAAAAUUGGCAAGACUUCACUACUAUAUUCAAUACUGUUUACCAGCACUCUAGGACUUCUUCCUGGUGGAUGUUCUUUCUACAGAUAUAUUCUUUUGUGUUGCAGUUUUGGGUUCUGUAAUUACUUUAAAAGUUGUAAGCUCAGUAUGCCAAAUUUUGCAAAGUUUUAGUUUUAAAACCAUAUUUCACACCUUGCAAUAUUUGUUUUAUAAUUAUAAAAUCAGUUUAAAUCCUAGACUCUUUAGGCCUUCUAAAGGUAUUUUCUUUAUUUAUUAACAAUUUUUGUCAGUUCUGGCAGUCCCCCUGCAGGCAGCACUAUGGAUGAAUAUUGCGGUCAUGUGACCGCUCUUUCAGAGCUAUUAAAUGGCCUGCGGGGUCCUAAUUUGCCAAGGACAGCCCCCCCACCCCCAGAAGGAGAGGAACACCGAUCGCCGGCGGGGGAACUGCGGUGAUCGGGUAAGUAAAUAGGAAUAUUCAGGUGUACUAGGUACAUUCGAGGUCCCUAAGGACCAUUUUUGUCGGACGUACCUAGUACGUCCGAGAUCGGGAAGGGUUAAAGCCCUUUUUGCCCCAUAAAAAAACGGUAUAUAAUGUGUGUUGGUGCAAUAAAUGAGAAAGAUGCAAAUUGCACAAACCGCAAAUAAAAAAGCAAAAAUGACAAGGGUAAGACAAGCUUUUGUAAUAUGUAUGUAUAGGUGCACCUAACGGUGAAAUUGUGAUAGAAAAAUGUACCAAAAAUGCAUUUAUCACGAAGUGUCUCAUCUCAACCCCUUGGUCCUUAAAGGAACUGUAUAGGUAAAAAAACAAUGCAUGUCCCUUUUUUUUCACACCCAACACUAAACCUACUGUCACUAAACCCCCCCCCAAAUAGUGUAAAAAUUUGCUUUAGAAGUGCCUCUUAUAAUCUUUACUUUGAUCAGAUUUUCUGCUCCUCCUCUGAUUGUACAUGCUUUUCCCGGCGUGCCGGAGCUUUGUGGUGCAAUUUACAUCACUCAACACAUGCCCACAAUGCCUACCCAAGAAGUACUUAACCUAAGUUACACUACAAAUACAUCAUUCAGACACUAGAGAUUACAUACCACAUCACACGCACACACAAACAUUUCCUCACCACAUUAGGUAUCAUAUAGUGUCAUAUGUUUAUUAUAAAUAAAUAUAAAGAAGCAGACAAACUCAUAAAUACCCAUAGAGUUUGUAAUCUCUCUCUCUCUCUCUCUCUCGCGCUAUUUAUAUCUAGGGAGGUUGAUGAACAGACACUGGAGGGCAAGGGGUUAGCAGUGGAUAGUGAGGUUGGCUGACAAGGACUGGCAGGGAAGGGUUAGCAGUGGGUAGGGAGAUUGCCUGACAGGGAGUAGCAGGGACGGGGUUAACUGGGUAGGGAGGUUGGCUGACAGGGAGUAGCAGGGACAGGGUUAACUGGGUAGGGAGGCUGGCUGACAGGGAGUAGCAGGGACAGGGUUAACUGGGUAGGGAGGUUGGCUGACAGGGUUAGCAGUGGGUAGGGAGGUUGCCUGACCGGGAGUAGCAGGGACGGGGUUAACUGGGUAGGGAGGUUGGCUGACUGGGAGUAGCAGGGACAGGGUUAACUGGGUAGGGAGGUUGGCUGGCGGAGUAGCAGGGACGGGUUUAACAGUGGGUAGGGAGGUUGGCUGACAUGGACUGGUAGGGAAGGGUUUAACCGUGAAUAGGAAGGUUGGCUGACAUGGACUGGCAGGGAAGGGUUAACAAUGCGUAGGGGGUUGGCUGACAGGGAUUGGUUAACAGGGGUAGGAAGGUUGACUGACAAGGAACGGAGGAGAAGAAGUUCACAGUGGGUAAUGAGGAUGGCUGACUGAGACUAGAUGAGAAGGAGUUAACAAUUGGCAGUGUGGUUGAUUGACCGGGGCUGGAGGAGAAUUUAUUACUUGCAUUACUGGUAGAGAGGGAGAAUAGCAGAUACGGGUUCUAGCCUUGUCUCUGCAGUACGGUCUGUGCUAUGAGCAUUCCUUACACUACAGGAGACAUGUCUCUAUUUUCAUUGGCUGGAAAAGGUAUGUUUCUUUCAGGGACUUGGAAUAAGGAACAUGUAGAAAUUUGAGAGGGUGUGGCUACAGAGGCUGGGUUACACUGCUGAAACCGGCAAAACAUUUUACUGCAUAUUGCAGGAAAACUACACAGAAUUGAUAGAAAAGAAACUAACCACAGGUGUUUGCACUUAUUAGCUUUAAUUUAAGCUUAACUUGUUUGGCUGCCUGCAGUGUCCCUUUAAGGCAGGGCUUGACAAAUUUGAUUGGAAUCUAAAAGCCAGGUAAAAAAGUUUGGAGCCAGUUUUUUUUUUGUUUGUUUGUUUUUUUGUUUUUUUUAGUUCUUUAUUUUGGUGUGCACAGAAGGAACAGUAAGCCCUGGUGCGCCACAACAGCGACAUCAGAGUAUGAUUAUACACAUUCUUUUUACAGGUUGUGGUUAUCAAUAGUCAGGCACAUUUUUUAGUUGGGAAAGAGUAAAACAAGAAUACUGCAGUAAAAUAUUUCAAUUAGCUUCAACAGUUAUUCAGCGUACUGUUAUAGUGUAAGCACGUUUAGUGCAGUUAUGUAGCAUCAGGAAAGGUACAAUAAACAUUCAAUCUAGCAUGUGUAAUCUAAGCAUCAAAUGAUCAGAAGUGCUAGCGAAUUCUAAAUUAUACUGGAUUAUACUUUCCCUGCGUGUCCUAUGUAUUUGGUACUCCAGGUUAGGAGGACAAAGUGUGGUGAUGGGACCUGAAUGGAGGCACGUUAUGAGGCCCGGGCAACAGUGGAGUAAGGGGAUUGAGCGACUCGCCAGUCAGGCAGGCUUGUCGGUAUGGAAUUGUUCUUUUGUCGUUGUGGGUACCUGUGGUUUCGUUGUGGGUAGUUUGUGCUCCAAUCUUGUAUUCUGGGACUCCCCCUGAUGUUAACAGAUUCUGGUGCCUUGAUGGGAGUUUGCCUCUGGAAGGUUGCCUGGCGGGUUUCGCUGCACCUAAUUGUCAAGAAAAUCUCUCUUUGUGGAAGAGUAAUUAGAAACAAAUGUUGCUGUUUAGAUUGCAAAGGGUGGUCAAACCAAAUACUUCUUUGAUUUCUGAUUUUUCUUUAAUUCACCCACUUUGCAGUUUGUUUAAAAUAAACCAAUAUCCUAAUACUUUACAGCAUUCUUAACACCUGCCUAAUUUUAAUUAUGUUAUUACGCGUCUUCUCAUAUGAGUUGUAACCAGUAAGACCAUAGAAUUGCCAGCGGUGGAGAUUUUUUGAUUCUAUUCAAAACGUUUUAACACAUGUGGCAAAUAGGAUAUCUCAGAACUUAAUACCCGUGCUACAUCCACAAAUUCAAAAGAAAAAUAACUGCUACACAAGUUCAUUAGUCAAUGGCUGAAAAUUGGAGCGAUCAUAUUGUUUACAUGUCAUCGUUUUCAUUAAGUUUUUUACUGCACCCCUGUCAUUGCUUCUUCUGUUGCUGCUUAAACUUUAGGUUAAUUCUAUCAGGAAAAUGUAUAUAGAUAGCAGAGGAGUAUAGCUGGUAAUCGACAGAAACAAAACAUAACACAAUAGUGUGAUAUUGUAAACAAACAUAAGAACUGCGCAAAUAUAAGAGGAACUCACAAGAUGUAGAUAGUAAAAUUGCCUUAGGGUGCCUCCCCUUAGAUAUAUGGGGGGUAUUUCCAGAACUCCCUCUCAGCUGGUUGAUGGUAUCGCCACAAUAUGGCAGUCCGGACUCAGGAAAUGGUUAAGAAAUCUGCUUUAUUUAGUAUGUAUAAAAAGUAAAAAACCAAAUGUGGUCCAACAUGUUUCGUCUGACAAAGACUUCUUCAGGGAUACAAUAAUGAAAACAAAUAAAAAUAUCCUAACAAAAGGACAAAAUAGCAGCAUAACCCUUCCCUCCCCAGUCAUUCCUUAUAUGUGGCUAGCUUUUCUUCCUAUUGGUGGUCCAGGGGGCGUUAUCCUCACUGUCCAGCUGUUUCAAGGGAUUCCUCAAUUAAUUUUCGCGGGUAUCAGAGCCGUGUGACGUCACUUCCGGUUUGUCACUUACAGUUUAUCACUUCCAGGCGAUGUAUGUGUUCCAAAUGGCGGCCAUUUUGCAUUCCACCUUUCGUUGAUACACAGUAACUGUCCCAUACUGAUGCAAACAUGAAUAAGUAAACAACAAGAAGAGACAAAAAAACAGGAGAAAAGGAAUUAUGGUAGAGUGUCCUGAAGAGUGUAAGUCCCUUAAAAGGGAGGGGGACAGUCAGUGGUACAAAUAGUGCCACUUUAAAUAUAAAACUUAACUUUUAAUACUAAAAAAGUAAUACCACAAGAGCACACAUUAAGAACACUAAUUAGUAUAACUUGUCCUAGCUCGUCUCCGUUAAAACGGAGAUAGUGUAAUUGCAAGGAUUAUUUCAAUCCAAUAAGUGGACCCGCUCAGGGCCGGAUUAAUAUAGGGGCUGAUGGAGCUGCAGCUCCAGGCCCAGGCCCAUGGAAUAGGCCCAUUGAUUUAAAAAAAUAAAUUUUUUUUUAUUUAUUUUUUCACACACUACUCUUAGGGAUUCCACCUGGCUUUUAUUUUGCAGUGAUAUUUGCAAUACAAAUGCUGGUAUUUUUCUCAGUAUAAACAAGAGAUUACUAUGCAAUACCAGGACUGGCCAGUAGGGGUCGCUGUGUGUUGAGACAGGCAGGGAUAGGAAGUUCCAGCAUAUGCCUCCCUGUCUAUCUAUACUCACUGAUCUGCAGGGGUGCAGCUACAGAGAGUCCAGACAGCAACUCCCACCCUGCAGAGACGGCCUACAGCUCAGGGAAGUAAGGGAUGGGGGAAAGGCUGCAAGGAGACAUCCACUGAGACACUUAGGGACAUUGGGAGACAUUAUGACACAGACACAUGGGGACACAGUGUCCCCAUGUCUCCCAGCCAGUGUCCCUGGUGUCUCAGUGCCCCUAGUCUCCCAGUGACCACUAGUCUCCUAGCGUCUCACUGUCCCCAUGUCUCCUAGUGCCUCCAUGUCUCCCAGUGCCUCAAGUGUCUCAAUGUCCCCAUGUCUCCAAGCUAGUGUCCCUAGUGUAUGUGGCCCUGGUGUCUCAGUGUCCCCAUGUCUCCCAGUGCCCACAUGUCUCAAUGUCCCCAUGUCCCCCAGCCAGUGUCUCUAGUGUCUGUGUCCCCAUGUCUUCAAGUGUCCCCUGUUUUCCCAGCGUCCCCAUGUGUCCCAGCCAGUGUCCCCUAGUUUCCCAGUGUCACUUGUGUCUCUGUGUCCCUAGGUCUCCCUGUGUCCCCAGAGCUCCCCGUCUUCCUAGUGUCCUAAUGACACAUACAUGGGGAUAUAGACACAUGGGAAUACUGGAGGACACAGGAAGACAUGGGGCAUUGAGACACUGUGAUACAUAAGGGCACUGUGAUAUAUAGGGUCAUUGGGAGACCUGGGGACACGACACUAGGGGACACUGGGAGACAUGGGGCACUGAGAUACUGAUACAUAGGAAUGCUGAGACCUGGAGUAAUCGACACAUGGGGGCACUGGGAGGAAUCCAUCUAUACAGCAUAAUCAAACUAAGUAGUUUUUUGGUGAUUUUACAGCAUUUUCUCUUAUGUCACUCCUUGUGAUUUACAUCAUGUGAUGUCACCCAUACAUAUUUAAUUAUGCAAAUUAGUAAGGCCAGUAUGUUUUUCCAAGAAAGGUGACAACCCUAACUACUUUUCACACACUCUUACUUAAGUAUGGAAACUUAAGAGGGAUGUAUGGGAACAAAACUUGUGUGGACUGGCUGACAAUGAAUAUAGUUAAAGGGACACUAUGGUCACAAGUACAACUACAGCUUAUUGAAUUUGUUCUGGUUAGUAGAAUCAUUACCUUCAUGCUUUUUGCUGUAAACACUGACUUUUCAGAGAAAAUGCAGUCUUUACAUUACAGCCUAGUGAUCACUUCACUGGCCACUCCUUAGAUGGCUGUUAGAGAUCCUUCCUGGGUCAUGGCUACCUAAAAUGCAUCCAAACAUUCAGUGUCUCCUCCCUCUGCAUGCAGACACUGAACUUUCCUCAUAGAGAUUCAUUUAUUCAAUUCAUGUCUAUGAGGAGAUGCUGAUUGGCCAGGGCUGUGUUUGAAUCAUGCUGGCUCUGCCCCUGAUCUGCCGUUUUGUUAGUCUCAGCCAAUCCUAUGGGGAAGCACUGUGAUUGGAUCAGGCCACCACUUCUAAUGAUGUCAGCAGACUGCUUGUUUUUCUGAGUCUAACAGCAUGCAGAGUUACAGCUUCAGGCUUGAAUACAGUAAGACUUUUACUAUAUUUAUGGAGGCAUGAGGGGCACAGGGGGGUUAGAUGGUGGUGUUAACACUAUAGGUUCAGGAAUUCAUCUUUGUGUUCCUGACCCUAUAGUGAUCCUUUAAGGUAAUGCCGACUUUGGUCUCUCUAACACUGUGGCAUGUUCCCUUUCUUCUUCACUCACUACACACAGCUUUUCUCUGUCCCAGACUAUAUACCAGGAGCGUCUGCCUGCUAGUAAGAAGGUAAGGAGACAAGCGGACCGGCGAGUGCUAGGGGACAGUCCUUAGAAAGUGUUGAGCGAGCGCAUCAUUAGAUGCAUUUAUGCCAAGCUCAGGGUGGUGUCUGCAUAGUAUGCCCUUAGUUGGCCACCUGCAUGAUUGGCAGACAGUCUGACAUGCAUUCAUGCCGAGGUCGCCUUCUAAUUCUUUGGGCAGACAUGUCCUCUUUUUGGGCAUGUUCGCCCCUUUUAGCAAGUUACGUGAUUUGUGUCAGUGGCACACCUUUUUACCAUGCCCAUUGACUUCCUGCUUGACUGGACACUGCUGUUAGGGGUUAUGGGGUUUACUUGAAAGAUGAAAACAUAAAUUAGAGGGAGAUUAGCAUAGGGUAUGUGUUUUCUUAUAGCUGCUGUUUUCUUUCUCUCCAGCACCAUCUCCAUCAGAUACAUGAUGCUUGGGAGUGUUUUUGGUCGAUAUGAUUCUUUAAUUAGGCCCGUCAUAAUUGUCAGCACCAGACCCACUGGGCUGUUAAUCUGGCCCUGAACCCGCUGCAGGUAAAGCGGUACAAUAAUCUGCCUGGCGGCACAAUAUUGCAGUCUCGAGUACAAAAUAGUAUAUAACACGCUGUGUCAAUAAAAAGUAAACUGUAUACCUGUUGGUGUCUCAGACCAUGUAUUGUUGUGUGGGAGGGAGAACCAGAAUGGGUUAUUAAUAUCGCUAUGCAGGAAUAUAAAUCACAGAGAGAGUGUGGGUUUAAGACCACAAUAGUGGAGAAAUUCCUGAGUAAUUCUCAAAGUCCCUAAGUGCUUGUGCCUUCGUGGGCACCCCUUAAAUAAAGCCUGCAAAUCCCUAAACACUGGUCUAUACAGCCUCCCGCCAGAAAUCCUGCCUAGGAAACAGAGUGUGCAAAAACCCUGCUCACCAAUUACACUAAAAAGUGGCUAAAAUUGCUGAUUAAAUAUCAGAAUAAACUGUCAGCUCCUAGUAUCAUUAAAGCGGCACUGUCAUGCCGAACUUACCUUUCCUCAAUCUCUUCCUCUUCUCCCCCUCUCUCAGGAUCUGUUAUUCUUUUCUUCCUGUCUUCUUUAAUUUUCUAUAAAAUCAUAAGACAAAGAAGGGACUCUUUGCCUUAUGGAGGAUUCCUCCGCUUGACCAGCUCUGACCAGCGGAGGAGCAAAGUGUGCUUCAUUUCCGCUGGUCAGAGCAAUUUUCCCAUGAUCCUUACCUUCCCUCUGUGUUCCCACAAUGCUUCCUGUCACUUUCCACAAAACUGCCGAAUUGUGUUCUAACUGAAUGACAACAGUAUGUUCGUUUCUUUUAGAACGCAAUUCGGCACUUUAUUCGGAUCAGAGUUUCAUUCUAAUGAAUGAAACUCUGAUCCUAUUCAUUGCUGUGGCUGCAUCUUGCAGCCGCUUAGUAGAUAACUCCCUAAUUCCCACGGUAUCAGGGAGUUAUCUACUAAAAGGCUGAAAGACAAAUUGGUCUUUCAGCCAAAUUUACUAAUACUAAGUAAAGAUUACUUAGUAUUAGUAAAUUAAAUGCCCCUACUCGCUAUACCGCGAGUAGGGGCAUGUGUAGUAAGCAGUGAGCAGCUUAUAGCUGCUCACUGUAAAAAACAAAAACAAAACAAAACUAAUAACCCCCCCCCACACUCCCCCCAUGCCCGUGGGGGCCCUAAAUAAAGAUGGGGGGAACCUGGCCCCUGGCCCCCACCCCUGAGCGGUGGGUGGGGGCCCUAAAUAAAGAUAUAGGACCUACUGUCCUCCCCCCCCUGGCCCCCACCCCUGCGCGGUGGGUGGGGGCCCUAGUAAAACAAUAAGGGGGGGGGACCUACUGUCCUCCCCCCCGGCCCCCACCCCUGCGCGUUGGGUGGGGGCCCCAAUAAAACAAUAGGGGGGGGGACCUACUGUCCUCCCCCCUGGCCCCCACCCCUGCGCGGUGGGUGGGGGCCUAGUAAAACAAUAAGGGGGGGGACCUACUGUCCUCCCCCCCUGGCCCCCACCCCCACAAAAUUCCAGGUGCCAUAACAACAUUUCUAGUUGCUUGGGAUUUGUCAAGCCGUGACUUAAAACACAUGAAGAUGCACAUAAGAUGAAAACAAUACAAUAUUAAACACUUUCAGACAUAUACUGGUAAACACAAUACCAGAUGUUUAAAGUGGUUAUUACCCCAAACACCAAAUAUUUGUAGUGCAGCACUAGUUUGAAUGCAAACUUACCCUUUCAAAAUUUCAGAGCAGGUUAGAUCAUACAUGUAAGUGCAGUGAGUUUUUAGCUAAGUUGUGAACUAUAACACACACUAGAGAGCGCUCACUUGGUGCAGAGCCUUUCAAAACUGGCUUUGAGUUUGAAGCAUGUGUGUGUCCUUUCAGGGUGACACAACCUCUUAGUACCUGGUAUAGGAAGCUGGGAUUCGUUAUAUUUUAAAGUGCACACAGUGCUCUUUAUUUGGCAAAAUGAAUUUAAAAGUUAAAAACAGAUUAAAAUAAAAAAUCAGUAUAAAAUAAUAGAUACAAAUAUCUUGUAGAUCCUCUGACUGCUGAGACCCGUUACUCCUAUCCUGUAGGCUUUCUCAAUCAGCUGUCAUUCCUAUUCUGGGUUCCGGUAUUAUGACUGGGUCUAAGCUCUUUCCAUGUCGUCCAAUCCUGAUGCUCGUUGCAUGCUCUCCCUCUUCAUAUUCAGAGGGCUUGUAUUUGCUGAUUUGUGUGCUGAAAGUGAGUUGAAGUCCCAUCACUUCCUGAACUACGGCGCCCACAAUGCUUUGCGCUCAUAAGUUCGGAAAAGUUUGUGAUGGAAAAUUUACAUAAAGAGACACAGGAGUAAGAACAAAAGAUAAAUGUGUGCAUAUAAAUACUUCACUUUAUACCUAUGUCUAUAUGCAUGUAUCAGCCCUGACAUUCUGAUGUUAGGUAGAUAUAUGCCAUAGAAAUGUAAAUUGAACUGAAUCUGCCUGUUUCAGUUCUAAGUGCAGUAUGAAUGCAUACUAAAGACAGAUCAGGGAUCAAAGUGGAAAGUAAAUUCUAAAAGAUGGUAAAUGACAUCAAAGUUUAAAAAGGACACAAAAACAAGUAUGUGUAUAUUUACACAUUUAUAUAAUUGGUCCACAGCCUAUUUCUGUUUCUAUGUGCAUAUAUCAGACCUAACAUUCUAAUAUUAGAUGAAUAUUUAUAACAGAGUCUGCCUGCUAAAUAAGGUAUAAUUAAAUAUAUCCCCAAGGAUCUAAAGCCGAUCAGAGAUCAAAAAAGGGGAAAAAUUAGCUGAAAAUUAGUAAAUAUCAUUGAAGCUCAUUUAAAUAUAUAGAUUCUAUUUAAAAAAUAGUUAAAUUAAUUAGUUGGAUCCACCCAUAGAGAGAGGAACAAAAUGGAGAUGCACAUUCUCCUUGAUAAAAAAAAAUCCUUGUAUUAACUGCCAACCAAAAACAUAAUUUACAGUGAUAAAAAAAAAAGAGAUAAAAAUAAACUAGAUUAAAAUUCUGGUUUGAAAAACUGUUAUCAUAAAAAAUGGCACAAUUCAAAAUCUGAAUUUAGACCUAAUGGUGUUAAGGUGUGUAAGUCAAAGAUCCAGCGCAUCUCUGUUUGACCCAGCUUUUUUAUGAUGUCUUCCCCUCUCCAAUUUGAUUCUACUUUCUGAAUAGCUACGAAAGUUAGACAUUUUAGGGUCACUAAUAUGAGUUUGUUUAAAGUGUAUCGAUACACUGUGCUGUGUGAAACCUCUCUUUAUAUUUCUAACGUGUUCGUUAAUCCUUAUAUAGAGGGACCUUUUUGUCCUGCCCACAUAGUGCAGAUUGCAUGUGCAUUUUAGCAAAUAAAUCACUUGUUCAGUAUGGCAAGUGAUAAGAUUUUUAAUCUUAUAUUCUUUUUGGUUGUGGGGGUGUUUGAACGUGGUAAUGUGUCUUUUUGGGCUUCCCGUCUGUCGACAGGCUAUGCACACACCACAUCCAAAAAACCCAUCUAUAUGUAGAAAUGUACCUUGUUUUUUAUCUAUUAUGUGGUUAUGUACAAGUUUCAUAGCUAUAUUGGGGGCGCCUCUAUAUAUAAUAGUUGGUUUAUCUGAUAAUAGAUGGUACAGUGCUGGCUCUGCCCUCAAAAUCGGCCAAAUUUAUUUAAAAUCCUUUUUAUCUCUCUAUUGUUUGAAUUAAAAUUGCAGAUGAAAGGUCUAUUCAGUUGAGGAUCCUUCUCUCUUGUCUUAUAUUCUAAAAGUGUUGCCCUGUCUUCUGUUUUUAUUUCCUCUAUAGUUUUUUGGAGUGGGGAUUCUUUGUACCCUUUCUCCAGAAAUUCAUUUUUCAAUCUUUGUGCUUGAAUAUCAUAUAUUCUUUUUUUUUAAUUUUUUUUUUAUAAUCUUUAUUUUAUUGCGCAAAGAAAAAGGUGUUACAAGACAUAUAAAACAGUAGCCACAUCGGCUUAACAAAUAUCGUCGCAAAAUUCACAGGCUUUAGUAUUUGCGCAUUUUUUCCCUUUGUCCCAUUUGUAACAUUGUGUAACUUGACAGGAUAGUAUUCUAGUGAAUCCAGGUAAAGAGCAUAUUACCGACAUUGGUUGGGGGGUAUGGGUUCGGCUCGUAGGGUUGUACCUUUCGGUGUUGUAGAGCCAAGAUGGAGAGGAGGGGGGGUGGGAUGAAGGUCGUGCAGGUAAUAUAUGGGUCGGGUGAGGGUGGCAUUUAGGUAUCUCUAACGCUCUAGGUAGGUCAACCAUGGCUGCCAAGUUAGAAUGUAUGUGUUGUAGUGGUUCGAGUAUGAGGCGUUUAAUUCUUCCAUGGUCCGUAUGAAUUCCACCUUCUGUAUCCACUCACGUACUGAUGGGACCCCAGUGCUUUUCCACUUAAGUGGUAUCAGCAUGUUCGCUGCUGUCAGCAUAUGGUUUAUGAGUUUGCGUAGGUGGCUUGGCAUGUGGGUGGUGUGCAUGAGGAAUAAGAGGGUUUCGGGGGAGUGUGAUACUUGGUAACCCGUGAUAGAUGUUAUUAGGCUUCUUAGUCUCUGCCAAUAGGUUUGAAUAGGCGGGCAUAGCCACCAAAUGUGUGCCGUGGUUCCUUUAGUUUGCCCGCAUCUCCAACAUAUAUCAGGUACUGUUGGGAAGAGUGCAUGGAUCUUGGUAGGUGAGUAAUGCCACCUGGAUAUCCUUUUGUACGUGCUUUCCCUUACUGCUGUGCUGACAGAUGAUUUAUGUGUGUGCGUGAAGAUCCUGUGCCAUGUUUCCUGAGGAAUAGUGAUAUUUAGCUCACCUUCCCAUGCUGACGUGAACGUCGCCAAUAGGGUGUGACUUGAAGUGCUUAGGAGUCUGUAGAAAAUGGACAGGUGUUUGGUCUGAAGGCUGUGUGUGGUGCAGUAGGUCUCAAAGGUGGUGUGUGCCCUUGUUCCCCGAAUGAAGUGUGGAUCCCCCUUCAAGAAGUGGUACAACUGGGCGUAUCGGAAGUGUUGUUUGGUAGUAGGGUGGUCUGUUGUGGCCAGUAUAGACAGCGGAGCCACUCCCGUUGGGGUCAUAACUGUACUAACCAUCGGGUAUCUCGUCUUUUGGACCAAUGGAAAUUGGGAGAAGAAGUGCGGGCAUGUGCCCGGUAGGAACUUUGGAUUGUGUGCCAAGGGAUAUAGCGGUGAGGGGUGUGGUGAGACGUCUUUCUGGGGUCUAAUGCGCGACCAUUGGCGUAGUGUGGGUAUGAUCGUUGGGUGUUGUGAGUGUUGAGACAGGAGGAGUGUGUGUCCCUUGUCAUGCCAUGGGAUUGUGCAUAGAGGGGAUUGGAACAUUGAGCUUUCUAUAUAUACCCAUUGCUUCAGCGGAGGCUCUGCGGUCCACUCGUAUAUUCUGGUUAGUAUACUCGCUUGAUAGUAGCGUUCCAUGUGAGGUAGGCCUAGGCCCCCCCUUCCCCUAUGUCUGGUCAGAAUCGUGUAAGCUAUUCUCGGGCGUUUAGUCGCCCAUAUGAAGGUUGUAAAUAUUUGUUUAAGCUUGGAGAAAAAAGAGGGGGGGAUCGCAAUGGGGAGUGUUUGUAGGAGAUAUAACACCUUUGGCAAUGUAUUCAUCUUCAAUAUAUUAAUCCUACAUAGCCAGCUAAAGACGGGUCUCUGCCAGUUUGUUAGAUCUUUUGAUAUCUCGGUGAGUAAUGGCAUGACGUUUAGAUCGUAUGCAUGUUUCAAGUGUCUGGGUAGAUGGACCCCAAGGUAGGUGAUGGACCUUCUAGCCCAUGCAAAAGGGUACGCGGUUUUAAGUGUGUUUUGUGUUUUUGUCUGUCCAUUUGGAGGGGUAGGAUUUCACUCUUUGUGUAAUUGACCUUAAAGUUGGAGAACUUGGCAUAUGUCGUCAGUUCGGCUAUCAGUGGAGGCAGGGAGGUGAGCGGGUCGGUGAUGGAAAAUAGUAGGUCAUCUGCAAACGCAGAUACCUUGAAUUCUUGUUGUUGAACUUUAAAGCCAUGGAUGGUGUUGUGGUCCCGUAUUCCCUGUAGGAAGGGUUCCAGGGUGAGAAUAAAGAGUAAAGGGGAGAGAGGGCAACCUUGUCUCGUGCCGUUCUUUAUGUGUACCGGACCUGACAGUUGGCCGUUUAUUCUCAGUUUUGCCGUUGGGUGAGAGUAUAUGGCUCCCAUCCAUUGCAUCCAGUUUGGACCAAAGCCCAUGGCCUGGAGGGUGGUAGUCAGCAUUGGAAUAUCAUAUAUUCUUGUAUCUGUGCAAUUUCUUCGUACCCGUAGAAAUUGUGAUUUGGGAAUAUUUAAUAACCAUGGGGAAAAAUUACAACUUUGUAGAUGAAUGUAGUUGUUCACGUCGACAGGUUUAAAAUAAGUUUUUGUUUUUAUUUCACUAUCCUCAAUGUAUAUAUUUAAAUCUAAAAAAUUAGCUACAAAAAAAAUGCCCCAAUUGUUAAAAUUUAAAAAUGCUGAAAACUGUUGUAGACUUUCUUCCAAACCCUUCCAUAUGAAAAAAUAUUGUUGAUGUAUCUGCGAUAGGAAACAAGGUUUGCACUCCAGUCAUCGUUCUGUAAAAUAAAAGUCUGCUCCCAAAAUGCCAUAAAUAGAUUUGCAUAACUGGGUGCAAACCUUGUUCCAAUCGCAGUGCCGCAGAUUUGUAAGUAAAAUUAGUUCUGUAACCAAAAUAAAUUGUGUAGAAUUAUAUCUAUCCCUUUUAUAAUAAAAUCUAUUUGUUCCUGAGGAUAUGUAUGGGAUUGUUGUAAAAAGAAAGUAACUGCUUCUUUUCCCUUAGUGUGUGAUAUAAUAGUAAACAGCGAACUCACGUCCGCUGUAAUUAGUAUGAAUUCUGGAUUCCAAACAAUGUUAUUUAAAACUUGUAGAAUAUUUAAAGUAUCUUUGAGAUAACUCUGUGUUCCACAGGCUAUAUAGGUUGAAGACAGUGGUCUAUAUACUCCGAUAGUCUACUGGAGAUCGAGUUGAUUCCAGAGGUUAUCAGGCGGCCUGGCGGGUUGUUAGAGUGAUUGUGGACCUUUGGAAGGUUAUAGAACACCGGUAUUUUAGGAUUAGAUAUAUUUAGAUAUCUAAAUUAUUGCUCAUUUAGAAUUCCUUGGUCUCUACCUUCCUCAAAGAUUUUUUUCUUUGGUUGGGUUUCCGGGAAGUUUCUGGUAAGUGGCCAUGUCACCAACCAAUUUCAUACCUUCUUGAAUAUAUUGGUUGUUAUCCAUAACCACUAUACCGCCCCACCCCCCUUUGUCGGCAAGUUUGAUAACCAGCUGUUGGUCUUGUUGUAAUUCCUUUAAUGCUAGCCAUUCUUUUUUAUUUACAUUUCUUGCAUAACUGCUUUCUCAAAACCCAUCAUUUCCUCUGAUAUGUGGUUUUUGUGAAAGAAGGUGGAUUGUUCUUUCAGCGUGGUGUGAGGAAAAGACGACUGUGUUGGUUCCGCCGUAGGGUUUUAUCAUUCCUUAAAAAACAUUUUUUGAGACAUAAUUGUCUCUUAAAUUUGGUUAGAUCUAUGUACACCUCAGAUUUGUCCAUCUCUUUUGUGGAUACAAAUUUUAAUCCCUUUUUUAAAACCAAGUUCUGAGCUGUAGUCACUGGUUUGCUCAAUAGAUUAAAAACUAUUGAUGAUUCUGCAUUUGAUCUCUGUUGACAAAUAAAGAGCACUGUGUGCACUUUAAAAUAUCACGGAUCCCAGCUUCCUAUACCAGGUACUAAGGGGUUGUGUCACCCUGAAAGGACACACAUAUGCUUCAAACUCAGAGCCAGUUUUGAAAAGCUCUGCACCAGGUGAGCGCUCUCUAGUGUGUGUUAUAGUUCACAACUUAGCUAUAAACUCUUACAAGCUUUUUCUUCACUAUUUUUUCCUGUUGCAUACUUCCAACUACCAUCACCACCAGAACAAGAGGGGUAGUGUGUCACCUCAAGAAACAGCUGUAUUCAACUUUGGAGCCUAUACAGGGAGUGCAGAAUUAUUAGGCAAAUGAGUAUUUUGACCACAUCAUCCUCUUUAUGCAUGUUGUCUUACUCCAAGCUGUAUAGGCUCGAAAGCCUACUACCAAUUAAGCAUAUUAGGUGAUGUGCAUCUCUGUAAUGAGAAGGGGUGUGGUCUAAUGACAUCAACACCCUAUAUCAGGUGUGCAUAAUUAUUAGGCAACUUCCUUUCCUUUGGCAAAAUGGGUCAAAAGAAGGACUUGACAGGCUCAGAAAACUCAAAAAUAGUGAGAUAUCUUGCAGAGGGAUGCAGCACUCUUAAAAUUGCAAAGCUUCUGAAGCGUGAUCAUCGAACAAUCAAGCGUUUCAUUCAAAAUAGUCAACAGGGUCGCAAGAAGCGUGUGGAAAAACCAAGGCGCAAAAUAACUGCCCAUGAACUGAGAAAAGUCAAGCGUGCAGCUGCCACGAUGCCACUUGCCACCAGUUUGGCCAUAUUUCAGAGCUGCAACAUCACUGGAGUGCCCAAAAGCACAAGGUGUGCAAUACUCAGAGACAUGGCCAAGGUAAGAAAGGCUGAAAGACGACCACCACUGAACAAGACACACAAGCUGAAACGUCAAGACUGGGCCAAGAAAUAUCUCAAGACUGAUUUUUCUAAAGGUUUUAUGGACUGAUGAAAUGAGAGUGAGUCUUGAUGGGCCAGAUGGAUGGGCCCGUGGCUGGAUUGGUAAAGGGCAGAGAGCUCCAGUCCGACUCAGGCGCCAGCAAGGUGGAGGUGGAGUACUGGUUUGGGCUGGUAUCAUCAAAGAUGAGCUUGUGGGGCCUUUUCAGGUUGAGGAUGGAGUCAAGCUCAACUCCGAGUCCUACUGUCAGUUCCUGGAAGACACCUUCUUCAAGCAGUGGUACAGGAAGAAGUCUGCAUCCUUCAAGAAAAACAUGAUUUUCAUGCAGGACAAUGCUCCAUCACACGCGUCCAAGUACUCCACAGCGUGGCUGGCAAGAAAGGGUAUAAAAGAAGAAAAUCUUAAGACAUGGCCUCCUUGUUCACCUGAUCUGAACCCCAUUGAGAACCUGUGGUCCAUCAUCAAAUGUGAGAUUUACAAGGAGGGAAAACAGUACACCUCCCUGAACAGUGUAUGGGAGGCUGUGGUUGCUGCUGCACGCAAUGUUGAUGGUGAACAGAUCAAAACACUGACAGAAUCCAUGGAUGGCAGGCUUUUGAGUGUCCUUGCAACGAAAGGUGGCUAUAUUGGUCACUGAUUUGUUUUUGUUUUGUUUUUGAAUGUCAGAAAUUUAUAUUUGUGAAUGUUGAGAUGUUAUAUUGGUUUCACUGGUAAUAAUAAAUAAUUGAAAUGGGUAUAUAUUUGUUUUUUGAAGUUGCCUAAUAAUUAUGCACAGUAAUAGUCACCUACAACAGAAGUAUUAGCCGCCAAGGCAACAAGGCAUUUGCCUUAGGCGCAGCGAUCGGGAAGCGGCAAAAACGCGCCCCCAAAUACCCAAGGCAAUGUCUUUAGCCUCGCGGCUAACGAGACAUUCUAAACUGGCGGCAGUAGCUGGCGCUGGCGGGCGGCGGGUAGAGCUCUUCUCCUGGCUCUCUCCCCACCCCAGCCAGCGCGUCGCACAGAAGAAACGGCGGAAUCCCAGUCAUCCGCAACCCGGUACACAGCGCGCCUUCGAGCAGAUCCCCGCCCAGCACCCAAAGAAACCCCCUGUGCAUUAAAAGUAAGGUAAGGAGGGCCGGGGUUAAAUAAAAAAACAAAACAAAAAAAGCACUAGUGUGUGUGUGGAUGUCUGUUAGUGUGUAUGUAUGUUAGUGUGUGUGUUAGUGUGUGUAUGUUAGUGUGUGUGUUAGUGUGUGUAUGUUAGUGUGUGUGGAUGUCUGUUAGUGUGUGUAUGUUAGUGUUUGUGUGUGGAUGUCUGUGUGUGUGUGGAUGUUAGUGUGUGUGGAUGUUAGUGUGUGUAUGUUAGUGUGUGUAUGUUAGUGUGUGUAUGUUAGUGUGUGUCUGUUAGUGUUAGUGUGUAUGUAUGUUAGUGUGUAUGUUAGUGUUAGUGUGUAUGUAUGUUAGUGUUAGAGUGUAUGUAUGUUAGUGUAUGUAUGUUAGUGUUAGUGUGUGUGUCUGUUUGCCUGUGAGCGUGUGUGUGUGUUUGCCUGUGAGUGUGUGUGUCUGUUAGUGAGUGUGUGUCUUAGUGACUGUGUGUUUCUGUUAGCUAGUGAAUGCGUAUGUCAGUGAAUGUGUGUGUAUUUAGAAGGCGGAGCAGGGGGGAAGGUUGGGUGGCGGUUGCGUGGGUGGGGGUGGCGCGGGGGAGGGGGGGGUGCCUGAGUUUUGUCCUGCCUAGGGCAGCACAAAACCAGGAUACACCACUGCCUGCACACACAGAUAUCCCCCUAACAUAGCUAUAACUAAAAACAAACUAAAAACUACUUCCAAAAAUAUUCAGCUUUGAUAUUAAUGAGUUUUUUGGGUUCAUUGAGAACAUGGUUGUUGUUCAAUAAUAAAAUUAAUCCUCAAAAAUACAACUUGCCUAAUAAUUCUGCACUCCCUGUAUGUUAAAGGCUCCCAAACAUUUGAGUUAAAUACCACUCACCUACACCACUGUAUCUUCCUUAUUGUGUUAUGGAUUUAGACUAUAUGGUUUUAUGUUUCUUUUUACAUGUAUGAUCUAACCUGCCCUGAAAUUUUGAAAGAGUAAGUUUGAAUCCAAACUAGCGCUGCACUACAAAUAUUGGUUGUUUGGGGUAAUAACCACUUUAAACACCUGGUAUUGUGUUUACCUGUAUAUGUCCUAUUUAGUGGGCGAUUUUGGAGCACCCACACAGUGUUUUCAGUGGCUAUAAAUGAAUAUCUAAUACAUUAAUAAGAAAUAAGCGCCUAAAACCCACACAUUUGUUUGUAAAAUAACUUUCAGACAUAUAGCCAUUGCAAAUGGCUAGAAAGGCAUGUAGUUAGGUCCUGCAAGGAAUCAUCCCAGUGAUAAUACACAUCUCUGUUUCAGGUCUGGAUCCCUGGCAAUAGUACGAAUAGUAAUGUUGGUGUAAAUUGUUCCCAAUCGACAAUCCUGUUGGUUGUUUUUUGUUUCAUUACAGUUUUUGCAGUAAACCGGUGUGUUGGUGUAACUAGAGGUGGUCUAUUAUAUUAUAUUAUGUGUUUACUUAGUUAUACAUUACUAUAUAACUGAAAACAGCUCUAUGUCUUUGCCACAAGAAGCUUCUCAUUAUACGAGUAUUUUAACAUGCUUGUUUAAAAUGCUAAACUUGCUAUCUGCUGGCUUUUUUUUUUAUAAAUUGUAUACUGUUUUACUAUCCAGGGUUAUGAGGAAGUGGCUCACCACUUCUGUUCCAUUAGGCGAGUAAGAGGUGAUAACUACUGUGCCUUAAGAGCUACAUUGUUCCAAGUUCUACGACAGACAACUGAACUUCCACCUUUCUUAAAUGACGAAGCUCUCACUCAAGUAUGUAUGACCCAUCUUAAAUUCUCUAACCUGUGCUCUCAUUCUUUUAGUGGCAUAAUAUUUAAAGUAAAUAUAGUCCAUAGUGUGUCUCAAAGUACAGAUUGUGUAUAAUGUUCUAAAAUAAAAAGUAUGCUUUCUUUUUGUAUUAUGUUUUUCUUAAUAAUAGAAGGCUCUCUAGCUUUGGGUUGCCUUGGCAAUAUAGCUGAAAUAAAUUCUCUUUUGUUCCAGCUCAUGUAGCAUUUUGCUAUUGUACAGUUAAAGAACAGAUUGAUAUUGUUAUGUUUUUAAAGCUCUUUUUUUUUUUCUAUAAUUUAGUAACAUUAUGCCAAACUAUACAGGUAACUAAACAUUAUAAAUGCAUUGUGGCUGCCUCAUUGUUAGCAAAUAAAUAACCCAGAUUUUUUUUCUUAUGACGACUGUGUCUUUGUACCAAUUAUGCCAUGUACAGCAUGCAUGUCAAACUCAAAGGCUAACAUGGGCCAAAUAAACAAGGUUUAAGUUAAUGUGGGCCGCAAAAAAAAACAACACUUCAGUUUUAAUAGAAACGUAGGUUUAUUUAGGAAAAUACAGUAUAAAAAAAAGUCACCUAACUGAUGCUGGAUGUCCUCAUGCUCGUAGAGCUUCAAAGUAAACAGAAGAGCAAAUUUAUUUUAAGGAGACAUGCAUUUGCAUUUAACUGUUUCAGUCAAACUACCUUCACAUAUUAAGAAACGUUUGGUAAUGGGACUGAAAUGGUGAUUGUAUGCUGUUGCACAGCUGUAAAAAACAAGUGACGUUAUCUUGUUGGUUUUGAAGUCCUAUGAGUAUGGCUGAGAUGAAACUUGAUGAUCUACUUUGGCUGAGAUGAAACUUGAUGAUAUCAGCCAAUCCAAUGCUUUCCCAUAGGAAAACAUUGGGGGGCUAUUGUGCAUGUGUGGCAAAAAGCUGUGCGGCCAAUCAGCAUCUCCAUGAGUAGUGUUCAGCGCCUCCAUGCAGACCCAUUCUAAUACACUGCCUACAAAUCCAAUCCUUUGCCCCCAAAUCCAAUAACUGCCCCCCUCUCUCUCCACUCUAGUACAAUGCCCCCUCCACCCAAUCUAAUACACUGCCCCUUAAUCUAACACUGACCCCUCCCUCCCCCAAUUUAAUACACUGCCCUCCCUCCCCCCAAUUUAAUACUCUCCCCUCCCUCCCCCAAUUUAAUACACUGCCCUCCCCCCAAUUUAACACACUACCAUCCUCCUACCACUCUAAUACACUGCCGCCCCUUCCCACCACUCUAAUACUCUCCCGCUCACUUCUCUAAUUUAAUACACUGGCUCUCUUCCUCCCUCAAAUUAAUACAAUGCCCUCCUCCUUCCCUCAAAUUAAUACACUGCCCACUUCCCCACCCCCCAAUUUAAUGCACUGCCCCCUUCCUCUCUAAAAGUAAUACACUGCCCCCCCCACCCCAAUUUAACAAACUACACAGGAAGGUCCUCCAAGCCCCUCUUCCCCUACCUUAAGAUGAGCCUCCAGUUCCAGCACUGCUCUUCUCUGCUCAAGCAGGCCAGACGCUCCUCUAGUACUGCGAGCAGGAGGGAAACUGGAGUGGCUGGCCUGCACCAAAGUGGCCCCAGGGCAGGUGGCCCGCAAACAUAUACACUGCGGGCCGCAAGUUUGACAUGCUUGAAUUACAGCAUCACUGCAUGCAAGUGACAGUACACAUAGAAUUCUGGAUUGAGCUAAGUGCAUUGUGGAGGUAAAUAGGUACAUAUCUACUGCUGCACAAUCCAAGAAACAAGUUUAAAGUUGUUUUUUUUUAACCAAUAAUAGCAAGUAGUGUAAAGGCUGUUAUUCCAAGGCACAGGUCUCUUUUAAUUCUAUGAGUGAUGAGAUGUUAUCCUGCAUAGGGAUUUAUGAUUUCCCAUUCUCAACCUCUUAUAGAUAUUUUUGGGGCUUUAAGCAAGGAACCCAGUACCUCAUCAUAUCUUUUUUUUUUUCUACUAUUCCUUUCUAAAAAAAACAUCAGGAAUUGUUAGUAAGAUGGAUUGAAUCUGUUAGCUAACAUCUCAGUAUAGCAAAUAAUCACACAUAAAUUGAAUCACUCUCUCAAUGUGUAGAGCAUGGGUCGUCAACCUGGUCCCUACCGCCCACUAGUGGGCGUUUUGGGAUUCCAGGUGGGCGGUAGGGACUUUGGAGGUUAAAACCUCCUUUUGAGCGAGCGCGCGAGCGGGCGGGCGAGCGGGCGGGCGCGCGAGCGAGCGCACACAUCAAGAAACCAACGCGAGCGAGUGGGCGGGCGGUGCAGGCGGGCGCGAGCGCACACAUCAGUCAACCUCCUUUUGUGUGAGAAGUUGUCGGGCGGGAGCGAGCGCACGCAAACACGUGGGAAGAGGAAGGGGAGGAGUUGAAACUGAUAGCAGGGACAGGCAGAAGCAGGCUGAAACGGAGCAGAGGAGUUGAAAAAGAAAAGUUAUAGGCAGGAGAAAGAGAAUUGUUUAGGGGAGGAGUGGAAACUGAUAGCAGGGACAGGCAGAAGCAGGCUGAAACAGAGCAGAGGAGUUGAAAAAGAAAAGUUAUAGGCAGGAGAAAGAAUUGUUUAGGGGAGGAGUGGAAACUGAUAGCAGGGACAGGCAGAAGCAGGCUGAAACAGAGCAGAGGAGUUGAAAAAGAAAAGUUAUAGGCAGGAGAAAGAGAAUUGUUUAGGGGAGGAGUGGAAACUGAUAGCAGGGACAGGCAGAAGCAGGCUGAAACGGAGCAGAGGAGUUGAAAAAGAAAAGUUAAGGGCAAAGAGAGAAAGAGAAUUGUUGGCUAAUAAUAAUAAGUGGGCUAACUAGCUCAGCCUUACUUUUGUCGCUCAGGAAGGUAAAAGAAAGGAGAUAAAAAGGAAAAGAUAAAAAAAGGAAGAAAAAUAGAAAAAAGGGGAUAAAAUAAAGGAGGAGAGUAAGCAGUGUUUAGUCUGGCUCAUAAAUUAAGUUUUGUUAUCUUAUAAAAUAAAAGAAAAAAAUAAGUAAGGGAAGGAGAAAAUAAAAAAAAAGGAAAAAGAGAUCCUUAAUAUAGUGAUAUACUAUAAGGAAGGUAAAGAAGCAGGCAGGAAAAGGAAUUUCUUUUGAUGGUGACAUUAAUAAAAAUUGGCACCUAAUACAGCAUUGUUUUUGGUGUUAGUAAUAAAAGGGAAAAGAGGAGGGAAAAAAGCACUGUGUGGAGUGCAGAUCAAAACGUAAGAGUAAAAGUAGUUGUUAAAUUGUGAAACAAAUUUAGAACCCAUGUCUGAAAAAAAGAAAUACGCUCGUGGCUAUUUACCAGAGUAUCUGAAGAUGGGUUUCAUUGAAUCUGUUACAAAUAAACAGCUUCCAAUGUGUUUACUGUGCCACAAGACAUUAUCUAAUGAAGCAAUGAAGCCAAGUCGAUUGCGAGAACAUCUUACUACAAAGCAUUCGCAAGAUAAAGAUAAGCCCAUUGAAUAUUUUCAAGAAAUCUAUAAAAGAUUUCAAAAUCGUUCAACAAUAGCUACAUCCUUUCAAAAACAACAUGCAAAGAAUGAGGAUGGAUUAACUGCAGCUUAUCGUAUAUCACACUUAAUUGCAAAAAGUGGUAAAAGCCAUAAUAUUGGAGAAACUUUGAUAAUACCCUCUAUCAAAGAAUUUAUCUCAACAGUAAUGCAUCAGGAUAUACCUGAAGUUUUAAAAACAUUGCCCCUUAGCGAUAACACAGUAAAGAGACGCAUUGAUGAAAUGGCGGCUAAUGUUGAAAAUAAACUUAUAGGUAUUCUCCAAAAUUCGUCAUUUUCUAUACAAUUGGAUGAGUCUGUCAUUGCAGAUAAUAAUGCUCUACUGAUGACAUAUGUACGGUACCUUGAUGAAAACAAUACAUUGCAAGAAGAAAUGCUAUUCACUGUCAAUCUGAUUACAGAUACAAAAGGAUUAUCAAUAUUUAAUGCUGUGAAAUCAUACUUUGCAAAAAACAAUAUACCCUUGAACAAUAUUGUUGCAUGUGCUACUGACGGAGCACCAUCAAUGGUAGGCCGCUAUCGUGGGUUUGUUGCUUACUUGAAGGAAGAAGUGCCAAGCGUUUUGUGUAUUCAUUGUGUUGUACACAGACAACAUAUUGUAGGAAAACAUUUAAGUACAAGUCUCCAUUCAUCAUUAAGUAUUAUAAUUAAAGCUGUAAAUAAGAUAAAAUCUAAUGCCAAGUGUGAUAGAAUGUUUCGACAGCUGUGCCAGGACAAUAACGAGCAGUUUAUUAGGUUACUUUUACAUACAGAAGUUCGAUGGCUCUCAAAGGGUACAUGCUUGACUCGUUUUGUUGCAUUAUUUGAUAGUGUCGUACAGUUUUUUGAAAGUGAUAAUGAGACUGGUCUCUAUGAACAGUUAAAAAACGUAAAGAAUGAUGCCUUUUAUUUGGCAGACAUUUUCAAGAGAUUUAAUGACAUUAAUUUGCAGCUUCAAGGAGCCAAUAUAACUCUUAUAAGUUGCAAAAAUAUUGUGUCAUUAUUUAUCGAAAAGCUUGAUCUUCUCCGUCAUAAUAUUUUCAAGAGAGAAUUUCAUCAGUUUCCUGAAUUGUCCUCUAUAAACAAUGAUGUAAGUCCGGGGGAUAUUGAAAGGUUCAGUAGUCACCUCAAGGAACUCAAAUUGGAUAUGGAAAAACGAUUUCAAGAUAUUUUGAACUUAAAGGUGCAUGACUGGAUGAUAAAUCCUUUUACAGCAAAUGUUGCUGAAGUUGAUAUAACUUGCCAAGAAGAACUAUUAGAACUUAAAUAUGACGAAGAGAGUAAAUGUAAUUUUGGCAGUGGUGGAUACCAAAAACUCUGGCAAAAUAAAAAAAUGCCUGCGUUAUAUCCAAAUAUGUGGAAAAUGAUGUUCAAUUUAUUGAUACCUUUCCCUACCACAUAUCUUGUAGAAUCAGGCUUUAGUGCUGUUAAUCAUAUUAUGAGCAAACAGAGAAACCGUCUGAAUAUCACCGAAAGAGGAGACCUUCGUUUGUUCCUUACGAAAAUCGAACCAGAUAUCAAAUAUUUAGUCUCGCAGCAUCAGCCUCAAGGAUCUCACUAGUAAUUUCAAUUUACUUUAUUGUUUUCUAAUUAAACUUUAUAAAGUUAAAAACAUUAUAAACAUGCAUAAAGUAGAAAUAAAAAGAUAAAUGUACGUACAUUUAUUUAUUUUUUUUAAAACAACCUCCUUUCUAAAAAAUAUUCCGCGCUUGCGCGAAAACUGGUGGGCGGUAAGGAAAUUUUUCCAUCAAGAAAGAUGCAUUAGUGGGCGGUAGGUAGAAAAAGGUUGACUACCACUGGUGUAGAGUAUCUAGGCGGUAUCGAAGCACUAAAUAUAUUUUAAGAGAAAAUAUAGGCUUGCAGUAAAUGCUUGAAGUGUGAAUUUACACGCAUAGAUGUUUUCUUUAUGGGACAGCCUUUAAUGCAUCCAUUACCGAUACAAUAGAGAGACCCUCUUGGUAAUGUGAAGAGUGUUUCUCUCUAAUGAGUUUUCUAGAGGUUAUAUUAUUAGUAUAUGUUAUUACAUAAGAAGUGUUACUCCGAGCAUCAUAAGCCCUAGAAUGUGAGUUUGUUUGUUUGAGCAGGGCCCUCUGCAUUCUCUGUUUCUGUACUAACGUUCUUGGGCAUAGAAUGUGCACAGUAUUAACAUUAGAGAGCCUGGAAUGGUAUUAGACGCUGGAAGUACAGUGUUUCAUAGUAAAACGGGCCUGUAGAAGUGGUCAUGCUGUUUGGAGUAACCCUUUUAAGAACUGGUAUUCUAAACUAGAUAAUAAGUAGUGAACAGGUCACCUGCUUUAAUUUCGGUUCAUGUGGUUAACCAGUAGACUACAUGCCCCAUAAAUUAAAAAUAAAUAAUGUAUGUUAAACAUACUAUGCUUGUUAAACUUGGAAAUUAUAAUAUACUUUGUAUAUUGUAAUUUUGGAAUAAGAACUGCUAUAUGGAAUUUUGACACCUCUACAAACACUUUUUGUAGUCCUAGGUUUAGAAGCUGUUCCAGAGUACCAAGAAAUUCAGCUUUGCUGGAUACCCUGGGUAAAGGAACCAGCAAUAAUGUAACUUUCCAGUCAGCCAUGUACUGACACUAGAUUUUGUAAAAUGUUAUGCUAUAAACUGCACCCCUUUUCUCUCUAGGUCAAAAAAACACUAUCCUUUUAAAUUACACUAACCUUUGUUUUGGCAGUGUCAUACUUGAUACAUGGCUGAUGUUUAAUUGCAACUUCCCCUUAUUUUAAUUUUAAAAAUCCCACUGUUUGGCUCUUGCAUCCCUAAGGUAGUUUUGUUUUGUAAUCCAUAACAGAUUGCAUAAAAACUAGCAAAACCAAGAUCUACACAGGAUUGUUUUUGAUGUUUAUUUUACCCUCAUUGUCCACCGAUAAUACCUGCAUACAGAUGUCACGCUUCACAUUCAUUUUAACGUGUGGUUGAAUUUGUGGCUAGCUUCCAAAAAUGUAAGUUGGACUAAUGUGACUUGGAAACUUUAUGCAUGACUAGAAUAGAAUGUUCUGGACCAAUCAAUUGUUUUGUUCAUUCACUUGAAUAAUUCCAAGCAUUUAGCCCACAUUAUAUUUCUUUUGUCUGUUUUGAAUUCUUUGUAUUUUUCUUUUUUACUUCUUUUUUCAUCUCAAGGACAGUUGUGUAUAGAUAUUUAUAUCAGUGUAAAUCUGAGGCUGUUUGCUCAGCGCAAUCUCAUAAAUGUCAAGGAAUUAUGAUAAUUCAGUGUGAACAAUAUGUAUUUCACAUUUAAUUUCAAUUUAUUUUUAGUAUUUAGUUAUUUUGUGUCGACUGUAUGGAUGCAUUUUUAUUGUUGUGCACACAAAAAAAAUCAUUUCUGCUUGUCAGUUUGUUCAGAAAUAUUUUUUUUUUCCCAUUUUACUUCAUCUGAAAUUCAUUCAGGUAUCUAUUAGGUUCAUCUGAAAUGCGUAAAAGAAUUUUCUUAAUUAAACUAAGUUUGUUCAACCGUUAAUCUCUUCCGAAAUUAAAUAUUCCUGCUUGUAAAAUAGGAAAAUGCAAAAUGAAAGCAAAAUAUUACUUUUAGUGAAAGGCGAUGAAUAUGCAACUGCAUGCACUACAACAGAUAAAAUAACAAUUAUUUGCAUAAUAAUGGAAACAAUAUUAUAUUUUUAGAUAUAUAUUUGUAGUUUUAUUAUUACUAUAUUCUUCUUUAUGCACUUAUUUAAACUAAUUAAUAGUACAUAAACAUUUACUAAAACUAUUACUUCAAAGAUAAACAUUUGCAGUUCUUUUCAUUUUAUUGUAAAAAUAUCUGCAUUCCCACUUUCUCUUUCCCCACCCAGCUGGCCUUUGUAGACUUUAUUAACACUGUAGUUACUGAGCCCCUCCCAUCCCCAAAAUUUACCAAAGCAUUCCUCCUUUACCUUAAAAAUGUAGUUGUGAAAAAUGUGAUGGAGUGAUACAUUACAUACAGUUUUAUUGACCUUGGAAAGUCAUUUUAGACCCUUGUAUCCCUAAUGUCCAGUUCCUUCGUUUGAGAAGGAACGGUACAGACAUAGAGGAGUUUGACAUCCAGGCCAGCAUUUAAAAGGGCACAUUUGUAAGGAAGGGAUUUGAUGAACAGUUUUUAAAAUUCAUCUGUCCAUCUGUCCAAGAAACAGAGAGCCUGGAAUUGUUAGAGUAUAAAACAAAAAUAAAUAUGGAGGAAGAAGUCAAAACCAAAGGAUUUCAGCUUAUUUUUUAACUAUAAUGCAAAGCAAAAAGAUUUAUGUAAAAUUAUAAAGACAGAACGAUGGCAUUUCAGAGUUUAAACUAACCCCAGCUUUAUUUUUAGGGGGGCAAAACAUUUCUAACAAUUUAACUGCGAGAGAGAAAAAAUAUAUUUUGAAGGAUUUUAUUAUUGUUAGAAUUGUAUGGGAUGUAGAUUAAAUAGCAAUAAGGAUAGGAAGAAAGAAAGACAAAUCAAAUAAUUUAGAAUAGAAAGGGAGUAUGAAAUAGCUGUAUCACCUGUAAUACGAAAAAUAUUAUCCAUUUAUUAGCAUGCCCUGGGAGUUACCAAUAAGUUGGAAAAACUUCAAGAGUAUUAAAAACAAUAAUUAAAGAACGUAUUGGAAAUGAGCAGAAGAUGAUUUUUUUUAUCACAAUGUAUCACAAAAACUUUUUUUUGUGUGUGUGUGUGUGUGGUAUAGAACAGGUUAAAGACCAUUGGAGAGAGGCCAGUAAAGAAAUACAUUUUAAGCAAAAGAGAGAUGAAGUUAAUGUCCAACUUAGACACCAUAACUCCAAAUGGUCUGAAAGUAGAAUUUCGGGUAAUACCUUUUAUCUAAUACUCAUUCCCUGAAUUUACAUGUAUUAAAGACUUCACUCUACCUUCUCCCUUUCCUACUCCUCCUUUUGCCUCCUAAUUUUUAGGUGGCAGUGAUACUAUAUUUGGAAUAUAUUUAUUGAUGUUUUUAUCCUUUUCCUUCUUCAGGUGUUAAAAUGUGUUUUAAUGAUGUUAUAAAUAAAUGAAAGUAUUAUAAACUAUUCCCUAGUUGAAAAGAGCUCUCCCGUUAUUUCUAAUAACAAUUUGUAGAAAAUUUAAUUUUAUGACUUGAUUUGGACAAAAUCGAUUCUGUGAGGACAUUUACCACAAUUAAAAUGGCCCUUACUGCGCCAACAGAGUGUAACAACGUCAUCAGUGGGAUGACGUCAGAUGUAAUUUACUGGAUGAUGAAAAUGACAGAACAUGGGAAGCUGCGAACAAUGGAGGCAGCACCAGGAAUAAGAAAAUGUGUGCGAAACAAGGCUCUCCUGCCCUGUCAGCCAACCUCACUACCCAUUGUUGACACCUUCCCUGUCAGCCAAACUUACUACCCACGGUUACCCCUUCCCUGUCAGCCAACCUCACUAGCCACUGUUAACCUCUUCCCUGCCAGUCCCUGUCAGCCAGCCUCCCCACUCACUGUUAACCCCUUCACUGUCAGCCAACCUCACUACCCACUGUUAACCCCCUUCCCUGCCAGACCCUGUCAGUGUUCCUCCCUACCCAUUGUUAAUCCAUUCCUGUCCAGUCCUUGUCAGACAACAUCUCUACCCAUUGUUAACCCGUUCCCCUCCAGUCCCUGUUAAUCAACCCCCUUAGAUAGAUAGAUUGAGAUAUAGAUAGAUGGAGAAAUAGAUAGAUAGAGCUAUAGGGGUGUGUGUGUAUAUGUAUGUGUGUGUGUGUAUAUAUAUAUACAUACAUGAGUUAUAGAGAGAGAGAAAUUGAGAUAUAUAUAUAAAAAUAUUCAGAUAGAUAAAAAGAGAGAGAAUGUGAUUAGACAAAGCUCUAUAGGUAUUUGAGUUUCUGUCUCUAUAUUUGAUAUAUGAUGCCUAAUGUGGUGAGGAAGUGUGUGUGAUGUGGUAUGUUAGUUCUGAUGUCUGAAUUCUGUAUUUGUACUGUAACUUAGAUUGAGUACUUCUUAGGCAGUCAAUGUGUUGAGUGAUGCAAAUUGCAUAACGAAGUUCUGGCACAGCUACAUAGGUGUGUCAUUACUGAUUCUCAUAGAGCAGAUGUUCCCAAUCCGUGGUACGCGUAUCCCCAAGGGUACAAUUCCGUGACCCCGAGUUAAUGGUGGCGGUGCAAUCACUUGGCACAGGUUGGGAACCUGGGUGAACGUCCAUCAGGUGGCCCAUGCACUCAUGGCCACCCAAUGGAAAUGUGCCUUGAUGUGCCCUUUCUGAUGUGCAGGAAAAGCUGGGAGGAAGUGAGAGAGAUCCUGUAAUUUCCUCCCAAAUCAGAGUCCGUCGUGAGGGAGGGAGGGAUUACUGUAAAAUACUAGUGCCUGCUCCCACCCACCCCUUCCAGCAUAAUUCCAACACUUACAGGUGUAACUCUGCCUUUUCCCGCAUAACUGCUCCCCGUAUACAUUAACCCCCUCUAUAAGACCCCUUGGCACUAUCUGCCCCCUAACUCCCUUCAACCCCAGCCAGCAGAAGACACACAUACAGUUGCACAUACACACUGAUACAAAUACUGUCACACAUGCAGAAACACUGACACACAUACAAAUACAGGCAUAUAGAUGUACAAAAACACUGACACACAUACAGUUUACAGUUCCACAGACACACUGAUACAAACACUGACAAGGUUGUACAGACACACUGAUACAAACACUGAAACACAUACAGGGAGAGCUGGGGCAGAGGAGAAGGAGGAGGGUCAUUGGGAAGCCUGAGGCAGAGAAAAGGGGGAGAUGGGGCAUAUAAAAAUCUAAAUUUGAAAUAACAGCAACUAUAUUGAUAAACAUUUUGCAAAUAUGAGGGGUAGAAUUUAUGGAAUUUGACUGCCAAGCGGUACUUGGAUAGUCCAGCUGAAAUACUGGAAGCAGGGAAAAAGCAAAGGGGGAAAUUACAUGAAAAUCAGAGGAGGAGCAAAAAAUCUGAUCAUAUUAAAGAUUAAUAAAGGUACUUCUAAACGUCAUUUUUACACUAUUAAGGGAAAAAGCAUUUAGUGACAGUAGGUUUACUGUCGGUGGGGAGUGGGAGGGGGCGUGGUAGGAUUUAUUUAUUUUUUUAAACCUAUACCGUUCCUUUAAAUUGACCACAUUUAGCCUGGUGCAUUACGUGGAAUGCUUGGCUUAAGCAAGCAAUUUAUUUUCUGUUAGAUAACAUUUGCUAGAUUUGCAGUUGCAGAUUGGCAGUCUUUGAAUUUUGCCAAAUGUUAUGCAGCUCUUUAUUGUGGAGAAAAGUAGAAAGUAGAAAUAUGCUACUCGUUGUCUCUUAAUACAAAUGUGGGACGUUUUACGAAUGAAAAUAUUAUAUUAAGCAAGCUGUGUCUUAGUGCAUUCUGUAAGGUGGCUUAGUGAAAAGGAGGUGAAGAUCCUGGUUUAUAGACUAAAGGGACAUGCGUCACUCUGAGACAACUGUCUCAUUCAAAACCUUUAACUUUUCAUGAGACAGUUGCUUUCCUCUGCAGGCUGAUAAAAGCAGGUAAGUAUGAUUUUAAUUUAUUCAUAUUUACCUGCUUCUUUCUUUUGCUUAACACACCCACCUGGGGCGUAGGGGGGAUUAUUAGUCAUUAGUGGACUUGUCUGAAACUGAACUGGAUAGGUAAGAGGGAGUGGGGAGGAAGCUCCUCUAGCUGAGAGGCAUGUCCAACAAUGCAAGUUUAUAAAUAUUUAUUACAUACUUUUCAAGGUUUUGGUUUUAAAGUUUUUGCUGGCUGGUUUUAAAAAAUAAUGGUCAAAUGAUUCGUGUCCCUUUAAAUAUGUAUAUAUAACAUUGAAAAUACAGUGUGCUGAGGAAAUGCACACAUAGCAGCCUAGCACCAUAACUUCUACAGCUAUCUUUAAUCGUUUGUGGUUAUUGUGGCUUAUUUUCAUUGUGAAAGCCUAAUGUGUACUUCAGGAGUAAAUAAAACAAAACAAGAAAAAGGUUAGCUCAGCACUUUCUGCUUAUCAUUUCCUCCCCAAACCUGAACAAGCUAAUGCAGACGUUCACUUUCAAUGUUGGCCUAGCUGCACCAGAAGGGUGCGGUUCCGAAUUUAUUUAUUUUACCACUUAAAAGCACAGGUCAGCACCCAAAAUGCAUUCUAUACCAUAACCACUGCAGUGAGCCGUAAUGGUUAUUUUUAUAGUAAGCUGUUGAUAAUUCUGCUGGUGCUUCCUAUAUGAGUGUCCAGUUUCACGGCACAUAGAUGGUCCAACAUAUCCUAGAUUGUUAGCUAGUUAAGGUAGGUACUUCUUCGCCUCUUGUGUCUGUAAACGUUAUUUGUGUCUGUUGGUUUCUUUUUGUUACAUCCACAUUGUAUAAAUUCUGUAAAUUGCUGUGGAAACUACUUUGAGCCUGUAGGCAUUCAUUAUGUGAAAUACAUGCUUUCAAGGAUAUUGUGGGGAUUUAAAGAACCAUCAUAUAUUUUGAGUACCAGCUUCUAAAGGACGAAAAAUGUUUUUCUAAAAUUCUAAAACAUUAGUAACCCUGCUUGAUCACUCAAAGAUGUUACAGGGAGAAGCUAUGACUCAUUUUGCAAUUACAUCAUUUGGAGCUGUACAACUGAGGAUUCUAUGAAUUGGGGUUUUCAAUAUUGUUGUACAUUUUUCUUACAGUGUCAAAGGCAAAGUAAACAUGUAACAUGCUAUAGUUGAUCCUGUAACUUCCCAAAACACCAUAAAACAUCGCUAAAUACAAAUAUGUGUAUUUUAUUGCACUAAAAGCAAAUAGUAUUAUGACAUUCACAGUUAAAAUGUCAUGCAAAACCAAAAAAAUAACAUUUCUCCCAUUGUUUAAUAUUUUAUUCAUAUUAAAUUAUGUUUCUUAGUUAAAUAUUUGAUGUUAGAUGAAAGCUCUAUUUCUCCUGAAUAAAAUGAUAUAUAAUAAGUGUGGGUGCACUUAAUAUAAAAGAGGUGAAUUACGGUUGAACAGACGUAUAGUAAAAUUCCAAGUUUUGUUUACGUUUUAUUUUGAUCAAAACGUGUACAUUUGGCUCAGUUCUUAAGGGGUUAAUCUAUUUUGUAAUAUUCUGGCGGUUGUCCGUUGCAAUUCUGAUGGAAUACUGAAAAUCUAGAAUUGAAUGAUCUCCCUACUUUGGUCCAAAUCUGCUGAGUUCCAUUUAGAAUUUAAAAGGGAACUGUCAUGUACCAGGACUUUUAAUCUUAUGUUUACUUAUCCCUAUAGUUAACAAAUAUGUAUUUGGUACAUUUGAAAAAUAAAAUUAAAUGUUAUAACUAAAUUGUGAGGGGUAAAGUGCCUCUCAACCAGCUGCAUGUCUGUUCCACCACAACUCGAUCAUUGAGCAGCAGUUUUUUUUGUUUACUCUCUUUGAAAGAUAAUAAGAUUCAAAAUCCUGAGACAUUUACUGUAUCCACUUGUUGAAGCACAAACAGGCUGCUACAUAUGCAGGGUUAUCUAACAAAGUUAGAAGUGUUGAGGAUUUAAGGUUAAUUAUUAAGGGACACCAAGUAGUGUUUCUGGUGUCUAUAGCCUGUCCCUGCAGGAGUUUUGAUGUAGCGAAAAGGCAGUGUUUGCAUAGCUGCCUAGGAACUCCUUUAGUGUCAGUCACUCAGACGGACACUAGAGGUGCUUACUGGAUCAGUGCUGAUGUUCAUCUUCUCCACGCUCUGCAUGGAGACGCUGAAUGCUCCCCAUAGAGAUGCAUUGAUUCAUUGCAUGUCUAUGAGGACAUGCCAAUUGAUGCAGCGCUGCAUUUUGCUGUGCAUGUGUAAUAGCCUCAGGUUUGAUCUCAACCAUGGAGCUGGUGCUGGAAAAAAGGUGAGUAAAAUAGCUCUUCAAAGGGAGAAUACCUACAUAGUGAUUUCACCACUAUACUGUCAGGAAUAAAUGUUUACAUUCCUGACAUUUUAGCCUUCCUUUGAAUUUAAGGCCAAAGUAGUAGAACUGAAAACAUAAGUGACUUUUUGAAUUUUUCCAGUUCAGCUACUUUGGACAUUUCCUGACAUUUCUAACUUAAGUAAAUAACCGUGUUAGUGUGAUAAACAAUUGCAUUAAAGGGACACUGUAGGCACCCAGACCACUUCAGCUAAUUGAAAUAGUCUGGGUGUUGUGAUCCUUUUACACCUAGUGCUGCAAUGUAAACCAUUGCAGUUCCAGAGAACUGCAAUGUUUACAUUGCAGGUCCAAGUCUGCCCUCUGUGGCUGUCUACCAGACAGCCACUAGAGGGCUUCCGGAAUCCAAAGGGACUUUUGGUCCUUUAUCUGAGGCUGGACGUCCUCACGGACUUCCAGCAUCAGAUUUUCCCCAUAGAAAAGCAUGGAAUAAUGAUUUCCUAUGGGGAGGUCUAAUGCGCGCACGGCCAUUGCUGCGCAUGCGCAUUACGUCUUCCCACCGGCUGACGUCGGCCGUGGGUGGAACCUGACCCAGCGCCGAGGGAUAUUGGUGCUGGAUUCAGGUAAGUGGCUGAAGGGGUUUUAACCUGCGGUUGAGUAAUGUAUAUUUGAAGAAAUUAAGAGUUACACUUGACUGUAGUCCUAGAGAAAAUCACACAAUGGUUUUCCUUGUUCUAUUAAACUCUUCUUUACAAACUCUCAAGUGAUUUGGUAAAAAAAAAUCACAAUGCAUUUAUGUAAAAAAAAAUUAUAAAUAAAUCUAUGCAUUUGAAACUAGUGCCAUUAUAUGGAAGUGUGAUAUGACUCUGCAAAUGUAAUGCGUGCGCUGAAUGCAUUGCAGUAACAAUGCAUUAUCAAUCUUGUACUGACACACUUUUAUCAUACUGAAAACCACAUUACCCUGGAGGUUAAUUUAGAGCUCUGCUCACUUGGAAAGCACAUUUUAUUAAUUACAGCUCAUUUUGUUAUAAUAUUCCAAUGAAUUUGUACUUUGUGUUUCCAACACAGUUGCCUGAAAAUUUUGUUGAGAAAUAUGACUGGAUAAAGCAGUGGAGACUCUGGCACGCACAUGAGAGCAAGAAAGUAUGGAUGCGACUAAAAGAUUAUUUAGAAUUACUCAAAAAAAAGGUUCGUAAACAUAAUUUCCCUUUAUUGGAUUUUCCGAGACUUAGUAAUUAUAAAAUACGUAAAUUGUUCAAAUAAAGAUCAUAUAUUUGAAAUAAAAGAAUUGGUGUUAUGCAUGGUGCAUCAUCUCUGGUGGCUCCCUAAUUCGGUUUCUUAAAUAUGACAGACCUUUAUAGGAAUACCAAAUUAGUGAGCCAUUUACUAUUAUGUAUCUGUCAUCCGUUAACUGGCAUUGCCUUUGGUCAUUGUGAAAAAAGGCUGCCAACUCCUGCAAUUGGGACUGCAUUCCCACACUUCUCACUGUUUAUGAUGCUUUCCCGGUGAUUUGGCAGAAGAAGGUGGGAACCAGGGCUUCUUCCAGGAAAUCUGUAAACAAAUGUAGUGGGCCUUACAAGAUGGUCGAUAUGGGAGAUAACAUGGCUAGGUUUGAACAAUGCUUAGAGCUAGAGUAAGACCUAAGGUAAGGUAUAGGAGAGAUUGUAAGAUAUUUAGAAUUCUGGGGCUUAAAGUCCAGGGUACUAAUUUUAUGUGUAGAGUUUUUAGAGUUAAGUGUUCAUUGGUUGAAUUCUUGGGUAAUGAUUAUAGAUGGUAUUUGGGGUUAAGAGAUGUUAAAGGAGGGAUUUAGAAUUUGAUUUAACAAUGGAUAUAGCCACACUUUUGUUCUUACCUUUAACACAGAACCAGAACAAUAGCAGUGAAAUAAAUAUAUUUUGUAGGCUAUGGCAUAGCAGUGCAGUCUAGUGUACAAUAUUGUUAGAAAUGUAAUUAAUUUGUUUUAAGUAAAAAUAAGAAAUGCACAAUUCUCCAAUAACUUUUAGUCAGCUAAUUGGCUUGUGCUUUUCUUCUGUGCUCUUGCAUUGAUUUUCACACUUAAGUAAAACAAACUUCUCUGUUGUAUUCUUUUCAGAUUAAUUUUAUUGAGGUUUUUUUUUUUUUACAAUCACAAAAAAUAUAGAACAUUCAAUAUAAAUGUUUAACAAAUAUAAAGUUGUAUUCUGUCCACUGAACCUUUACAAAAGAUCUGUACAUAGAUCUCUUGCCUUACAUUCCAGAGCAGUCUUUUUCGAUUAAAAAUAAAGCUUCCAAAAAAGGAUACUCAAGGGUGCUUUUUGAUAUUUUUUAUUUUUUUCUUCGAAUAUGCAGAGUUGUGUUCUCUGAAGUAGAGUCAUUGCUUUAUUGUGCAGAUUUACUCCAUGAUCUUUUUGUGUCCUAUAAUUUAGUGGGUUGAACUGAGUGAAAUGAAGAUCCCAGCAGAGAAACAGAAAGCGUGCGAUGAGAUCUUUAAAAAUGAAGAUGAAGAGUACUGUUUGUAUGAAGCUGUGAAGUUUUUGAUGUUGAAAACUGCUAUUGAUUUAUAUAAUGCGAAUGUAGAGGGUAGGGAAGUCCCUGUAUUCUCCUGGCUGCUGUUUGCUCGCAAUAAUUCAAAUGAUCCUUGUGAAUUUAUGAAGAAUCACUUAAAUAAAGUGGGGCACACAGGAGGACUUGAGCAGGUGAGAUAAUCAUGAAUACAUGUGAAAAUGUUAUUGUACAAAUGCAUUCAUAAAUGUUAGCUCCAAUUUGCAAAGUCCAGAACAAAUCCCAUUAUUUUCCUGAAAUUCCAUCUCAAGCGGUCUUUAAAGGGAAUUUGUAGAUCAGUUGCUAAUGAGAUGUUCUAUUUCAGAGCUAAAAUGUUAUCUGCUAUUAGAAGGUUAGCAUCAUUCCUCAAAAGAUCAUAUAAGAUAUAAAUAGUAACAGAGGUGACCUUAAAUUUGAGAAGUCUGAAGUUUUUUUUUGUUUGUUUGUUUUUAGAAAGAAAACAUAUAAAAUUUAAAAAGAUAAAACCGUUAACUAUCCACUACACACUGAUUCUUGAAGGUUACCUAGCUGGUGGACAGGGCUCCACCGACAUCUCAUAAAAUCACAACAUUGUGCUGAGAUUCCUUUAGUUCACAGGGGUUCCAAUAAGAGGCCCUUUUGUAUGUAAUUAUUAGUUUUAUUUUUAACUUAGUUUAGUGGUUCCAUUGGCUUCUUUUUGAAGUGAGUAGGCCAGCAUUUUUUAACACGUGUUGGUAUUGUUUUGGACUGCAAUUUCUAAGAAAACAACCCCAUGUAAGGGGCUUUUGAAUCCAAUCAGGUUUUAGCCCAGGAUGAUUAAUCUAGUUUAUUACCUCUGAAUUCAUUCUUCUGAAUUGUCACAAAUCACACAUCUGUAAUUCACUUUAAAACAAUUCAGAUCACUCGUUAAUCUGUUCUCAUUUCUGUUGAGCACAUACACAGACCAUACGUGAAUGUGCUGAAUAUUCAUGUAUUGUUCAAUGCUUACUAAUAAAAUGCUUGCUAAUUCUCACCUCACUGAAGUUAUCUGCAGGCAUAAUAUUUAGCAACAACUCUCUGAUACUACAUGGGGAAGAGGAGGAACAGGAAGAGGCUUUGUUAAACAGGCAUAAUAAAUUCCCCAAAAUUGUAUUUAUAUCUUGUAUGAUUUUGUAAAUGACUUUUCGUCUUUAUAUUAUCCUUAUUUUGCACAUAUUCUGCGGCAAUCAAUUUGUGCAGCAUUCUCACGGUUUCUCUAUCUCGCUCUCUCAACCAAUGUAUGCUCUAGACUGAAAUAGCGGAAAAUAUUCAGAAUAUUUUUACAGAAUAUCCAUAUAUUAGAUGUUAGUAUAUCUAGAACAAAGUGUCAAAUGGUUUCACAAGUGUAAUAUCUUAGUUAUUGAAUGUCUGUGUACUAGGUGUUGAGCAAGAUGUCACAAGGAUGAUGUCUCUGGUACGGAAUAUUAAUAUAAGGUUUGGUAUUUUGUCUAGUGACUUAUUGUUCUGUUAUGACUUGUUUGCACUUUUAAUGUAGUGUCUAUAGUUCAUGGCUUUCUCUGGCCAUCACUUAAAGUGCAUUAUUGCAUUUGUCAAAGCUUUGUUGCCUUUUCUUAUGUAUUUUGAUUGUCUGUGAAAGAAAAGAAAACAUGCACCUGUAAUACCAUUUUUACAUUUUUUUUUUUUAUUUACAAAUCUUGUUUUGUCUGCUACAGGUAGAAAUGUUUUUGCUUGGAUAUGCGCUGCAGCACACCAUUAAAGUGUAUAGACUUUACAAAUAUGGAACAGAUGAAUUUGUCACGCACUACCCAGAUGAUAAGCCAGAUUGGCCUGCGGUGACUCUUAUAACAGAAGAUGAUCGGCAUUAUAACGUGCCUACUGGGGAGUUUGAAGAAACAAGUUUAUAAAGAACAGGCUAUUUGUGUGUGGUGUUUUGUUUUUGUUUUUUAAUAAAGCUAGUAUUACUGCCUUGGGUAAGUUAUAUUAUUGAUUUUGGACAAUUUAAGUAGAGCUUUUAAUUUGUAAAUUAAUGUAAUUUCUGCACAUUUGUGAUGUGCACACUGCCUGCAGACAGUGGAUUUAGUGAAAUGAUUGUGUGAGCGAACUAUUGGGAAAAACAUUUGGUAUACAUUCCGAAAUUCUAUUUUUUUUUUUUCUUACGUUAUCUGUAGAAAAAGGUUUCCUCCUGUAUAUAUACCGG